UGCUCGUUCACGGGCGGAGCCACGAGAAGAUGGAGAGACAGAGGGAAAGAGGGAGGGCGGGGAGGGCGGUGUUCUCUCCCUGGGCUGAGCUCGUGGGCGCUGCCUGUCUUCUUACCUGACAAAUCAGGCGGAGAGAAGAGGCUGCGAAAGCGAGAGAGUGAAGCUUUGCUUCUCCACCCACACACACACACACACACACACACACACACACACACACACACACACACACACAGAGCGAUACACCAGGCGCCUUGGAACUGGAGGGCAAGAUCUCUCGCCCCCCGGUCCUUUCCCUCCAACUCCUUCCAGCUUUGCGGAACUGGGACCACCUGGGUACCACUAGACGCGGCUGGACACUUCUUCUCUCCCUGUAUCCUUCAGCAGCCAUGUACUGAUCAGAGCAUCCUUCGGAACUCUCCUUUUUUUGUCGCUCUCGCUUUUUCUGGUCCUCCCUUUACGCUUCAAACUCAACAGUUCUAGAGAAGUACCGAGGCAAGGUGCAAGAGGGUAAGUAACCUGGAUGAAAUUUCUGUAUCUUGGUUUUCCUAUGGUGGUGAGGCGGUGGUGCGUGAUGGAGGAGGACCUUUGAGGAUGUGGUCCUGUUGCACGCUUAGUAAAUCGCACUGGACCCGACGAGGUUUACUUCUGCAAAGGCAUGGGCAGAAUGCUAAGAACUGAUGUCAUAUGUAGGUUUUCAACUCUGAAGUAAGUUCCCUUGUGUACUCAAUGGGGGGCUUACUUCUCUGCAUAUGUUCAGAAGCUUGUAGCCUCAGACUCCUAUGCCUACGCUUGCAGCCUGUGCAUGCUUACUUUGGAGUAAGCCCCGUUGCAAUGAACAGGACUCACUUCUGAGUAAACAUACAUUAGAUCAUGCUAUAAAAUAUAUCUUGUCUACGCACAUACACAGAUACACACACGCUCCCCAAACCCAGAAGCUUGGCUUUGGGGGAAAGCGGAAAUUAUAAUUUCAAUAAUGAAUAUAUUUAAGUGUCUGUCAUUAGCUAAGCAAGAAAAACUCCUGUAUUAGGAAAGGUGGGACAGGAAGGCAGCAAUGGGAGCUGUCUUGUUGUGUUUCUUAUGGACAAAAGAGAGCAGGUGUUUAGCACAGAAGCCUUCCUCUCUAAGCAAUGACUGUUGAAUUGCGUGGCUCUUUAGAUGUUGUUGGACUCUAUUUCCUGUCAGCACAAGUCAGCAUUGUCCAAAGGACAGGGAUGAUGGGAUAUAGUUUAGCUACCCUGAUUUAAAGAGAUAUGCAUGUAUAGGCAUGGUGCUGGACUACAAAUUCCCUUGUCCCUGACCACUGACCAUGUUGACUUGGGCUGAUGGAUGUUGGAGAACUACAGGUCGUCCUCCACCACCCUUGAUUUAACUCAAGGACCCUACCCUGUUCCACCAUGAAGUCAGAGCUAUAUAGGCACCCAGUUUAAUUUGCCAGCUUUCUCAGGAAUCCUAAGAGAGCCUAGCCAUGUUUGUUGUGACAUUCAGUCUUCGUAUAUAUACAAGUAUUAUCGCUUCAGAAAAUGGUGAAGUGUGUGACUGUCCCCAGGUUUUUUUUUGGAGGGGGGUGUGGAAGCAAAAAUGUGGAAAGUGCUCAGUUGAGAAGGGGACUCAUCCUAAAAGGAGAAACCAUGUCCAGAGCCUGCCUCUGAUAGAACAGAAAUGGAACAACAUCCAUUCUAGAAGAAUUUGCUGCCUGCUAAAUCUCCCAUAUGCAGACCAUCUCCUUUCUGUUUCCAAACCAUUAAACAUGGUGUCUACUGUCUUAGUACUCCUCCUCCCACAGACGAAUGGUUUAUCUUCCCUUGUGUAAGAGACUGUGUGUGUGUGUGUGUGUGUGAGAGAGAGAGAGAGAGAGAGAGAGAGAACGAGCAAGAACACACACCAUGUGCCAUUGUAUGCAGGGAUCUGCCUUCCUUUCAUUACCAGGGAAUUGGAUGCCUUUAUUGACAAGUCCAAUGAAGUUUUGGCUCUUGUCCAGGGAUUAGCUAAGAUCGCAGGGGUUCUCAAGAUUUGUUUACUACAUCACCUAGACUAUAAAUAUACAAAUAGACUAGACUAACAGCACUGAGAUUGUUGUUUACCCAAUGAUUAAGGGGGAAAGUCAAGUGUGUGUGUGUGUGUGUGUGUGUGUGUGUGUGUGUAAGAGAGAGAGAAAUUGAAAUCAAAUUAAAGUGAAGAACUUGGCAGUGGUGUUUUUUAAACUAUGCAGCUGUGAACAAAAGUGAAUCAAGGUCAGCCAACAUGUCACAGAGAUGCACACCACUUCUAUGCAAACUUAUCCUGGUGCAAUUCCAUGAUUGAUUGGCAUUUUCCUGAACACUUGCAAUAUGUGGGUGUUUUUAAAGAAAAUCCUGUGCAGGGCUGGCAUGUAAAUGAACAUGAUCUCAGGGGCUAAUGUUAGCAUCUUCAGAUAAAGACAGCUCAAUGCUCCUCCCCCUCACCUCCCUCUCCUAGGUUUGCUGGAUAUAGUAUAUUUCCCAGGACUUGGUAAUGAAGAUUCACACUCCUAUUUUUAAAUAAUUACUCAUUUGUUCACGGUUUGGAAGGACUUGUUGCAGUGCUCAGCUGUGGCUAUGGGGUUCCAUUCUCUCUGAUGUUUGAGUGUGGCAGAAAAAAGAUCUAAAUUGGUUUAAAAUCUGGUUUAAAAAGACAAGUUGGCUGCAAGGUACUAACAGCUUUAAAAAGGCAAUUGGGUAUUUUGUGUUCACUGAUAGACCUUGUUCUCCCCCAGCAAGGUAACUCUCACUUAUUUUUAUACGAGCUUCCUGGGCAAAUGGACUUCUCAAGGCAAAGGAGGCUGAUCUGUUAAGGCAAAUGGGACAUUGCCUACCCAAACUCAGUCUUGCUCUGAGUCAGCUUCUGCCUGCCAGACUUCUUUCUUAAACCCAGUCCAGUGGGUGGUCCUGACUGUCAGCUUCCUCCUCCUUCAUCUCAGUUUUGUCAUUCUAGGACGUUGAUGUGAUUGGUCUAUUUAUUAUAUUUAUACACAGCUUUCCAUCCACAAGUAUCGCAAAGCGGCUUACAAACAGACAAUAACAAUAACAUAAUAGAACAUCACAAGUACAAUAUAGAUCAUAUAGAAGAAUUAACCAACCAUCAGUAAAACAAAUACAAACCAUCAGUAAAACAACUGCAAUCUAUAAAACACUAUUAACAAAACUGCUAAAAAAAAUAACCCAGACAGAACAAUAACAACAAAAAUCAUAUUAUUCUUAUUUGUUCUUAUUUUCUUAUCAUGUAUUUUGCGUCUUUUAUCUUGUUUUGGAUAUCAUGAACUGCCCAGGGAUCUACAGAUGGGGUGGUGGUGGUGUAUAAAUUUAAUUAUUAUUAUUAUUAUUAAUAAUAAUAAUAAUAGUAAAAUAAUAAUAAUAAUAAUAACAAUAAUAAUAAUAAUAAUACAGUGGUACCUUGGGUUACAUACGCUUCAGGUUACAUACGCUUCAGAUUACAGACUCCGCUAACCCAGAAAUAGUACCUUGGGUUAAGAACUUUGCUUCAGGAUGAGAACAGAAAUCCGGCUCCGGCGGCGCAGUGGCAGCAGGAGGCCCCAUUAGCUAAAGUGGUGCUUCAGGUUAAGAACAGUUUCAGGUUAAGAACGGACAUCUGGAACGAAUUAAGUACGUAACCAGAGGUACCACUGUAAUAAUAUAGGAUUUACAAAGUGCUACAGCAUUCAUAAUCGAUAAAACCAUUCUAACAACAUUAACAAGGUAGCAAUUAAAUAAUAAACUAAGUACUGCAGAAUUCAUACACAGGCUCUCCCCACCUCCUUGACUCAUCAUCUUCCACUCUAUUCAGUUCGUUAAAAGACACAUCCACAUGAUGCUCGUGGCAGCAUCUUCUUUCUGAAGGCUUCUAGGACUGGAGGGUAGGGCAAGGCAGGUGGAAAAAGCCACCACCUGAUGGCCAGCACAAAGUCAGAACCAGAAUCAGAUCUCAAAUCAGAUCAUUGCAUAGUUUUAAAGAUAAAGCAUGACUCAUUGUGACAACAACACACAACUAUACAUUUCACUCCAAACCAGCAAUAUUUAGCAGCAACAUUAAAAUGACAGCCUAAAAAAAUGAAGACCAGCAACAUCAUUUCACUAAAAGUGGAUGUACUCAGACAGGUCUUUUUUAAAACAACAACAACAUUAAAAUCAGUUAACAGAUAAGCCAAACACACUUUUCAUGGGAAGGCGUUCCAUGUUGAUAGGCCCAUCACUGAGCAGCUAAAUUUACCACUGAGCUUCAACCCUUCCUGUAUUGGGUUCAACGGCCAUGAUCCUGUUUCCCUUAUUGUGCCUUGAUUAGCUCCAUAUCUUUUUGUCUCAUUGGAUUCAACUUGCACUGUAUGAACAGGUGGGCAUCAAAUGCUGAACAAUCUCUCUCUCUCUCUCUCUCUCUCUCUCUCUCUCUCUCUCUCUUUCUCUUUCUCUGCCUUCAUUUAAUUUGUUUUCUUUGUCUUUCUUUCCAGGGCUGGAUAUUGACAUUCUUUAGCCAUGGAUGUAUUCAUGAAAGGAUUUAACAGAGCCAAGGAAGGAGUUGUGGCGGCAGCAGAGAAGACCAAGCAGGGCAUGGCGGAAGCAGCAGGGAAAACGAAAGAAGGAGUUCUCUAUGUAGGUAGGUGGGCAACAAGAUCUAAGAGACAGUCAUUUUUUUCUUCUUUCACUGCUUUACAUUGUGAUGUUUAGAAACUGGGUGCCCACAACCAUUUUAUUAUACAUAUUGCCAUACAUUAUUAUUACCACUGUUAGCAUUAUUAUCAGUAGUAGUAGUAUUAUACCCUUCCCAUCUAUCUGGGUUCCCCCAGCCACUCUGGGUGGCUUCCAACACAUGUAGAAACAUAAUAAAACAUCUUCUAAAAGUUGUAUCCUUAGCUUUAUCUCCUUGACAUCUGAACAAGAAUACAAGAUAAAAAGUGGGGUUGUAUGUGAUCGUGUGUGCACACACGAUCUGCUUAGAGAGGGGUGGGGAAAAUCUGGCCCUCCAGAUGUUUCUGAACUGCAACUCCCAUAAUCUCUGCCCAUUGGCCAUACUUGCAGGGGUUGAUGGGAUUUGUAGUUCAGCAACAUCUGGAGGGCCCAUUGCUCCCACCCCUGGUUUAGAUAUUCCUGUUGAAAUAUAUAUAUAUAUUUUUAUAAGAUAUUUAUUAAAGUUUAAACAUUACAGAGAAAAAAAGAAAAGAGAAACAAAAAAGAAAUACAAGCCAUAAACAAUUACAAAACCUCAGAAACAAAAAUAAAUACAGUAAUACAAAACAUCAACAAUACAAAAAAAGGCAAAAAACAAAAAACAAAAACAUUUAAGAAACCCAAAAAAGAACAAACAAAAAUUUAAAAAAUCCCGUACUUUCAUAUCCUUAUCUUUCAUUUGCUUAUUUCCUUGACUUCCUCACACCUCCUUUUUUGUAUUCUAGUUCAAUUAAUUAUUCCAGCAAGUUCUUUCCCUCUUUCUCAAAUUUAGUUCCAUAAUUUAUCUUAACACAUUUUAGCCUUAAAUUUACCCCUUUACCAAUGUCAAUCUAUUCAUACUUAAUUCUUUAUAGUAUUUCUACUAAAGUCAUGUAGCUUCUUUCCAGCAUCCUUCUAACAUUCAUUAAUUUUAGAAUAUUUCUGUAAAUAUACUUUAAAUUUUUUCCAAUCUUCUUCCACCGACUCUUCUCCCUGGUCUCGGAUUCUGCCAGUCAUUUCCGCCAAUUCCAUGUAAUCCAUCACCUUCAUCUGCCAUUCUUCCCUGGUAGGUAGGUCUUGUGUCUUCCAAUGCUUAGCGAUGAGUAUUCUUGCUGCUGUUGUGGCAUACAUGAAAAAAACUCUGUCCUUCUUUGGCACCAAUUGGCCGACCAUGCCCAGGAGAAAGGCCUCUGGUUUCUUUAUAAAGGUAUAUUUAAAUACCUUUUUCAUUUCAUUAUAGAUCAUCUCCCAGAAUGCCUUAAUCUUUGGGCAUGUCCACCAAAGGUGAAAGAAUGUACCUUCAAUUUCAUUACAUUUCCAACAUUUAUUAUCGGGCAAAUGAUAAAUUUUUGCAAGCUUAACUAGUGUUAUGUACCACCUAUAAAUCAUUUUCAUUAAAUUCUCUUUUAAGGCAUUACAUGCCGUAAAUUUCAUACCGGUGGUCCAUAACUGUUCCCAGUCAGCCAUCAUAAUAUUAUGUCCAACAUCCUGUGCCCAUUUAAUCAUAGCAGAUUUCACCAUUUCAUCCUGAGUAUUCCAUUUCAACAGCAAGUUAUACACUCUUGACAAAUUCUUAACUUUAGGGUCUAACAAUUCUGUUUCCAGCUUUGAUUUUUCCACCUGAAAACCUAGCUUUUUAUCCUGAUUAUAUGCCUCCAUUAUUUGGUAAUAAUGGAGCCAAUCUCGCACUCUGUUCUUUAAUUUUUCAAAGCUCUGUAGUUUUAAUCUGUCACCCUCUUGUUCCAAAAUUUCCCAAUACUUCGGCCAUUUGGCCUCCAUAUUGAGUUUUUUCUGGGCCUUUGCCUCCAUAGGUGACAGCCAUCUUGGGGUUUUAUUUUCUAACAAAUCCUUAUAUCUUAUCCAGACAUUAAACAGUGCUUUUCUUACAAUAUGGUUUUUGAACGCUUUGUGUGCUUUGACCUUAUCAUACCACAAAUAUGCAUGCCAACCAAAUACAUUAUUGAAACCUUCCAAAUCCAAAACAUCCGUGUUUUCAAGAAGCAUCCAUUCUCUCAGCCAACAAAAAGCGGCUGAUUCAUAAUAAAGUUUUAAGUCUGGCAGGGCAAAUCCACCUCUUUCUUUAGCAUCAGUUAAAAUCUUAAAUUUUAUACGAGGCUUCUUGCCCUGCCAGACAAAUCUAGAAAUAUCUCUCUGCCACUUCUUGAAACAGUCCAUUUUGUCCAAAAUUUGCAGUGAUUGAAACAGAAAUAACAUUCUUGGCAAUAUGUGAUGGGAUGAUGAGCUGCUUGUGCGUAAAAUCGUAUCCCCUCAGAGUUUGUUCAAGUCCACAAACCUCUGUCUGUGACGGAGCCCUUCAGACAUGGCUCCUCUAGUCACUAGCAGAUUCCGACAGUGGUUGCUUUCGUAAUCGCUUCCAACAUAAAAGCUCCUUAACGGAAACACGUCUUCUGGACCCUCUGCGUGUCAGUUUCCGGCGAGGAGUGGGUGUCCCUACAGGAGGUCCUGAAACCUCCCCACUGUUUUCGCUGGAAGUGUCUCUGAGCCAUCCCUCCAGCUCACUUUCCCUCCGCUCAGCUCCUCUCCCCCUACUGGUUCCCUCUUCAGCUGCUGAGUCUCUCCCAACCUGUGUGAGCCCUUUCACCUCCCUUCCGUCUUCAGCUGCUGAGUCUCUCCCAACCUGUGUGAGCCCUUUCACCUCCCUUCCGUCCGAUGGCAGUUCCCUGACAUCCACCUCCCCUCCAGGGCCCCCUUCACCCCCUCUCGCCCCCUCCUCUACGGGCGGUGAGGAGGCAAAACCCCGGAAUGAACUUCCUUCAUCUUCCGAUGUCUCGAACACUUCUCUCCACCUGUUGCGGUUCCUGGUCUCGAAGUACUCCUCCUCCUCAGAGUCCAUCUCCCCUUCCCCUUCCGAGUCCGGGAAGCCUUCCAACUCCUCCUCCUCAUCAGUGGUCCCAAAGUAUUCCCUCCGGAACCUCUCCACAGGCUGAGGUUUCCUUGGGAACCUUUGAUGGAACGUUUCUAUCAAUACCUCGUCAUUGAUAUCUUCGGCCAUUACCCAAGUGUUUUCUGACUCCGGUUCUCCUUCCCACGCUACCAAAUACUCCACCUGAUUCCCCUUCCACCUGGCGUCGAGGAUUUCUGCCACAUGGCUGCUGCAUUCUCUUUCUUCUAUGACCGGUCCCCGAGUGGCCAUCCCUUCUCGUCCCCUUCGUACGGUGACAGUAACGACCUGUGAAAUACUGGGUGCAGUUUCAUGUGGUUGGGUAACCGGAGCCUGAAAGCCACUGGGUUGACCUGUUGAAUGACCUCAAAGGGACCCAACCUCCUGGGUCUUAAUUUCUUACAACCUCCUUUGAACGGCAACCCUUGGGUUGACAGCCACACCCUAUCUCCCACCCUUAUGGUUUCACCUUCCCUUCGGUUCUUGUCUGCUUGCCUCUUGUAUUCUUCCUUCGCCCUUUCUAAGUUGAGUUGGAGCUGACAAUGGAUUGCUUCCAUUUCUUCUACAAAAUGCUCGGCUGCCGGGACGCUCCAUCUCUCCCCAUCUCCCCUGGGAAAGCCCUGGGAUGACACCCAUAAUUAGCCAAGAAGGGGCUCAUCCCUGUGGACACAUUCUCGGCAUUGUUGUAGGCAAAUUCCGCCAGCGCCAACUUUUCUACCCAGUCAUUCUCUCUGUCAUUGACAUAACACCUCAGGUAUUGCUGGAGGACACCGUUUGCUCUUUCCGCCUGCCCGUUGGUUUCAGGGUGCCGGGCAGUCGAAAAAUUGACCUCCACCUGCAGUAAGCUCAUGAGCUUCCUCCAGAACCUGGAAGUAAAUUGUUUUCCUCGGUCUGAGACCACCCUCAAUGGCACCCCGUGCAACCUAAAAAUGUGUUCUACAAAUAACUUCGCUGUCUCUUCCGCCGUGACUGCAUGCGAGCAAGCUACAAAGUGGCACAUCUUUGUUAGUAGGUCCACCACCACCAUGAUGGCUGUUUUCCCUUUGGACUUCGGCAGAUCAGUCAUAAAAUCUAUCGACACUGCCUCCCAAGGUCGUUCUGGGGUUGGUAAGGGUUCUAACAGCCCCGCCGGCGCCCGCCUUUCCCUUUGGCUCGCUGGCAUUGCUCGCACCCUCUUACAUACUCACGUACAUCUCCCUCACCUUGGGCCACCAAAAUUCCCUGGUGACCAACCACAUGGUUUUGUGUUGUCCAAAAUGCCCCGCCGUAGGGCUGUCGUGCAACUGCUUGAGUACCCCCCCCCCCUUAAGUCUCCUUCAGGGAUAUACAGUGCCCCUUUGUAAUACAAAGCUCCAUUUCUUUCCUCGAAACCCCUGGUUCCUCUCCCUCACCCCUAAGACCUCUGAGCUUAUUCUGGGCGUAUUCAUCAUUCUCUGUUUCCUCUACCAGUUCUCUUUGUCCCACCAAUGCCGCCCCACACACCCAGCGGUCCUCUGGAAUGACAUGUCUCUCUUCGGGUGCUCCUCCCCUCCAAAUAUUCAGGUUUGCGUGAGAGAGCGUCCGCCCUAAUGUUCUCUGGGCCUGGCACGUAACAAAUCUCAAAGUUAAAUUUGGAGAACUCCUGGGCCCAUCUCACUUGCCGUUGGUUGAGCACUCGUGCCGUCCUCCAAUACUCUAGGUUCUUGUGGUCAGUGCACACUUGCACCUUAUGUUGUGCGCCAAUUAGCAGGUGCCUCCAUCUCCGGAACGCCUCAUGAAUGGCUAGUAGUUCUCGGUCAUACACCGUGUAGUUCCUCUCGGAUUUGUUCAGCUUUCGUGAAAAAAGGCACACGGUCUCCACUCUGACUCCUCCUUGCCUGGCUGCAGAAGCACCGCCCCAAUCGCUCUGUCUGAUGCGUCAGUUUCCACUCUCAUCGGUUUUUGUAAAUCCACAUGCAGGAGUUGUUGUUCCGAGGCGAAGGCCCUUUUAGUUCCUCAAAUGCUCGCUCCGCCUCCUCAGUCCAAACGAACUUCUUCUUACUGCUGAGACAGUCCGUAAUGGGCGCCGUCAGGUGGGCAAAGUUUCUGAUGAACUUACGAUAGAAGUUCCCAAAUCCUAGGAACCUCUGCACAUCCUUCCUUGUUUUGGGUGUUUUCCAUUCCAGCACCGCCUGGACCUUGCCGGGAUCCAUGGCCAAUCCCUUGUCUGACAGGCGAUACCCCAGGAAUUCCACCUCCUUGGUAUGAAACUGACACUUCUCCAGUUUCACCCACAGCUGGUUGGCUUGCAGCCUGCUCAACACUUCUCUGACGUCUCUCACAUGCUGCUCCUCAUUCUCAGAAUACACCAACACGUCGUCUAAAAAGGCCACACAAUUCUUGUAAAGCAAAGGCCCCAGGACGUGGUUCAUAAACGAUUGAAAGGUUGCGGAGCCUGCUUGUAGGCCGAAGGGCAUAACCAAAUAUUCAAAUGCCCCUAAAGGGGUGAACAUGGUGGUUUUCCAUUCAUCCCCCUUCCUUAUUCGUACCAGGUUGUACGCCCCCCUUAGGUCCAGCUUUGUGAAAAUCUUUCCCUUCCGCACCCUUGUCAAAAUGUCGUCAAUCCUGGGCAUAGGGAAGGCCACUGGUUCUGACACUGCAUUUAAGGCCCUGAAGUCACACACCAGCCUCGGCUUGUUCGUGUUUUUUUAUCCACAAAAACACUGGGCUGCCCCCACCGCCCUGGACUCUCUGAUGAACCCUCUCUUCAGGUUCUUGUCAAUGAACUCUCUUAGCUCCUGCAUCUCUCUGUCUGACAUGGCGUACAGCUUGCCUACAGGGAGCUGUGCCCCAGGGAGUAAAUUGAUUUGACAGUCAAAGGGUCUAUGCGGGGGUAGUUGGUCAGCUUCCCUUUCGCUGAAGACGUCACGGAGAUCUGCAUAUUGUCGUGGUACCUUCACGUUCUCCGUUACUUCAGUCCCUGCUAGGGUGGCUUGGGCCCCUGCCAAACCCUUUCCCUCUUUGCAGUGUUCUAAGCAAUGUGCUGAACCAAAAGAAACCACUCUCUGAUGCCAGCCCACCAGCGGAUCAUGUAACGCUAGCCAGCUCAUCCCCAAUAUAAUGGGAGCUCCUCCCAAGGUGGCCACAUUAAAAGCUAUCAGUUCGGUGUGCCUUGCUACCUUCAUUAUCAUUGGGACGGUCUGCAAGCUGACUUCUCCUCCCAACAGCUCCCUGCCAUCGAUCGUGGUCACCUGCAGGGGUUGCUUAAAGGGAUCGUCUGUAUCUGGUGUUCAGCUGCAAACUCUUUGCUCAUGAAAUUGCAGGAGCUGCCUGAGUCCAACAGCGCCUUUAUCUUUAGAGGGUGUCCGUUUGGCAGCUCUAGCGUCACUUCUAUCACUAGGGCGGGUUUAGGAGGUUCUGGCGUGGGCACUCUCACUGCUCUUUGGCCUGGCUGCUGUGCCCCGACAGUGGCAGCCAGGCGUUGGCUUUUACUUGCUCCGGUAUUUCUUCCUCUCUUCCCUCCACAGCUCCUACCAUCCCUUGCCAUUCCUUCCUCUGGGGGCAGACUCUGGCAAAGUGACCUGGCUGUUGGCAGAGAUAGCAUUUCCGGGCGCCUUUUCCCUCCUUCUUCCCCCCCUCACUGGGCUUUGAAACUGCGCGCGCGCGCUGUUCCGAUUUCCAUCGGCUCUGCCGGCGGGAAAGUUGGCUCUGGAAUGUCUGGAAUGCGGAACUCCUUCCAACGUUCCCCUUCCCUUCCCGCCUCUCCAAUGCUCUCGCCUCCUGGCGCGCUCCUAUGGUCAGCGCUGAUUUGGUCAGCUGGUCCAUAGACUCCGCCCUGGGCGCCCGGGAAAGUUCGUCUUUCACAGCCGAAGAAAGCCCUUCUUCAAAGAGCAUUUGAAUGGGUUCCGCCGAUAAGUCCCACCCCAAUCUGUGAACCAGCAUGGUGAACUCAGUCCAGUACUCACGGACAGAUCGGCUCCCCUGUUUGCAAGCCAUUAACUGUCUGCGCACCACUCCCUGUUCAAUAUCGCUGGAAAACAUCAGAUCCAUGGCGCGAAAGAACUUCAUCGUGUCCUUUAGGACGUCACUAUUCGCUGCCAUCAGGGGUCUAACCCAGUCUCUCGCCCCCUUUUCAAGAUGCCCAAUCACGAAAGCCACUCGUGAUUCCUCGUCAGGGAAUUCAUCAAACUGCAGAUUGAGGGCAUAUUGCAUCUCUGUCCGAAAGCCAUGAUAGUCUUUGGGCUCCCCCCCAAACUUCUGCACCAAUCCUGGUACCUUUCUGGCGAGCUGGGUGGCUUUCCCUUUUGUCUGCAUCCUGAGCCCUCCUCUCCUCAAGCCUCGCCGUCUGCAGCGCUAGCUGGACCUCCAACACCCGGUACCUUUCUUCCAGGCUUGGACCCGCUCCAGCUCCUGCUUCUCCGGUUCCGGCUGGGUUGCUCAUGAUGCCUUCUCCUGCACAAGCUGCUUUCAAAGACUGUCGGAAUGCUGUGAUGGGAUGAUGAGCUGCUUGUGCGUAAAAUCGUAUCCCCUCAGAGUUUGUUCAAGUCCACAAACCUCUGUCUGUGACGGAGCCCUUCAGACAUGGCUCCUCUAGUCACUAGCAGAUUCCGACAGUGGUUGCUUUCGAAUCGCUUCCAACAUAAAAGCUCCUUAACGGAAACACGUCUUCUGGACCCUCUGCGUGUCAGUUUCCGGCGAGGAGUGGGUGUCCCUACAGGAGGUCCUGAAACCUCCCCACUGUUUUCGCUGGAAGUGUCUCUGAGCCAUCCCUCCAGCUCACUUUCCCUCCGCUCAGCUCCUCUCCCCUACUGGUUCCCUCUUCAGCUGCUGAGUCUCUCCCAACCUGUGUGAGCCCUUUCACCUCCUUUCCGUCUUCAGCUGCUGAGUCUCUCCCAACCUGUGUGAGCCCUUUCACCUCCCUUCCGUCCGAUGGCAGUUCCCUGACACAAUACAUUCAUUUUUAUCACAGCAAUUCGGCCUAGCAACGAUAGCUUCAAAUUUGACCAUAUUUCUAAAUCUUUUUUCACUUCAGUCCAACAUUUUUCAUAGUUAUCCUUAAAUAGAUUCACAUUCUUAGCAGUCAUAUUAACCCCUAAAUAUUUCACUUUCUUAACCAGUGUCAGACCUGUCUCCCUCUGAAACUUCUCUCUCUCAAUCACAUUCAGGUUUUUCUCCAGAACCUUAGUUUUCGUCUUAUUCAGCUUAAAACCUGCUACCUGGCCAAAUUCUUGAAUCAAUUCUAAUACUCUUUUUGUACUUGAUUCUGGCUCCAGUAAAGUCAAUAAUAGGUCAUCUGCAAGUGCUUUCAGUUUGUACUGUUUAGCUCCCACUUGUAUACCUUUAACCAAUUGAUCCCUUCUAAUCAUAUUUAACAGAGCCUCCAGGACCGAAAUAAAAAGCAAUGGAGAGAUUGGGCAGCCCUGUCGUGUUCCUUUCUCAAUCUUAAAUUCUUCCGUCACUACGUUAUUCACAAUUAAUUUAGCCUUUUGUUCCGAGUAAAUUGCACCUAUGCCAUUUCCAAAGCUUUUACCAACCCCCAUCCCCGUUAAAUUCUUCCUCAUAAAACUCCAGGAAAUGUUGUCAAAGGCUUUCUCCGCGUCCACAAAAAUCAGAACUGCUUUAGUGUUAAUCUUCACUUGUAGCUUUUCUAGAAUAUUAAUUAUAUUCCUCGUAUUAUCAGACAAAUGCCUGCCCGGGAGAAAGCCCGCUUGGUCUUUAUGAAUUUCUUCUGCUAACACCUUUUUUAAUCUUUUAGCCAAAAUGUCUGCAAAAAUUUUAUAAUCCACAUUAAGCAGUGAUAUGGGACGGUAGUUUUUAAGUUGCGUCCUUUCAGACUCUAAUUUUGGUAUAAGUGUAAUGUAUGCUUCUUUCCACGACUCAGGUGCCCUUUUCCCUUCCAAUAUUUCAUUACAGACUUCCUUUAAUGGUUGUAUUAACCAUUCUUUCAAAGAUCUGUAGUAUCUAGAAGUCAGUCCAUCCGGUCCUGGAGAUUUACCUAGUUGCAUAUUCUGAAUGGCCCCUUCUACUUCCUGAUCCGUUAUUUUAUAAUCAAGCAUUAAUUUAUUUUCUUGGGAAAUUUUUUGUAGUCCAUUUAUUUCCAGAAAUUUAUCAAUGUCCAUUUCAUUCUGCUUUUCUUGUGUAUAUAAUUGUUUAAAAUACCUCUGGAAGCACCUUCUAAUUUCAGCUGGAUUCUGUAUAUUCUGUCCUUCCACUUCCAGAUUCGUAAUGGUAUUUAAUUUUUGUCUUUUUUUCAAUUGCCAAGCCAGCAGUUUCCCACACUUAUUUGCCGAUUCAAAUGUCUUUUGUCUCAUCUGUUUAAUCUUCCAUUCUAUUUCCUGAUUCAUCAUUUUCAUAUAUUGUACUUGGUAAAGCUUUAUUUCUUUUAGAAUUUCCUGGGACUUUGGUUUCGCCCUCAGUUUCUUCUCUCCUUCUUUUAUUUUUUCCAAAAUUUUAUCUUUUUUCUCAUUUUGCAUUCUCUUCUUAAUUGCAUUCUGUUGUAUCAAAAAACCUCUCAUUACAGCUUUACUUGCGUCCCAGAUUACUCUUUUUCCACUGUAGUAUUCAUAUUUAUCUCAAAAUAAUCUUUCAAAGUUUUUUGGGAAUCCAUCAUUCCUAAACAAAGAGUCAUUCAUCCUCCAUCUGAAGGAACCAGUUGGCAUUAAUUUCAUUUCCAUCUUCACAGCAUUGUGAUCAGAGCAGGUCUUUGGACAAAUUUCAACCUUGCUAAUCUUUGGAGCCAGUCCUCUAGUUAUCCAGAUUUGGUCAAUUCUUGUCCAUGUCAUUUUUGCCUCCGAGAAGAAAGUUCCCUCUCUUCCCAGAGGAUUCUUCAUUCUCCAAGUGUCAAUUAAGUCUAAAUUUUCAGUCAUAUCAAAAAAUGUUUUUGGUAGUCUUCCGUCCUUGGUGAUUGUUUGUCUUUGCGCCUUAUCCAUAUUCGUAGAUACAACACCAUUCAUGUCUCCCAUUAGAAUCAUAUUGUAAUCCAAAUAGUCCAUCAAUAUUUCAUGUAGCUUUUUGAAGAAUUCCGAUUUCCCUUCAUUUGGUGCAUAAAUACCUAUCACCAAAAAUUUAUCUCCUUGAAAUUGAAUUUCAAUUGCUACAAGUCUUCCUUGUUCAUCUUUAAAGAUAAAUUUAGGUGAUAGGUUCUCCUUUGCAUAGAGAACCACUCCUCUUUUUUUUACUUUAUCCGAUGAAAUAAAUUAUUGGCCUAAUUUUUUGUUGCUUAAUAAUUUCCUAUGUAACCUUGUCACAUGCGUUUCUUGUAAACAAAUCAAGUCCAAUUGCUCUUUUUUCAAUAAAUGAAACACUCGUCGCCUGUUCUCCGAAAUGUUAAGGCCAUGUACAUUCCAGCUCAGGGCCUGCAGCGCCAUCCUGUGACUACUUUGGUGCUCCCCCAACUGCCCCCAGAUCUUGUACCUCUUCUGUUGGUAGCAACGUUAGCUCCUUAUCGGGGGGGGGGGGUCCAAUCCAAAAGACAAUGAUGAAAUGUCCAAGGUAUCCAAAGUAUCUUUUUUUGGUGAUGCUCUCUUCCGUACUCUCUUCCUGUUGAAAUAUAAAGCUGUAUGCAAGUUUUGAGGACAACAACAAAUAUAAGUUUACAUUGCUGCUGCUGCUGCUGCUGCUGUUGUUCAUUAAUAGAUAACAUUAUUAUUGUUCUUUUAUUUUAUUUAUGUACUGCUUAAUGCCAAAGUAGGCUUCUAUACUUGAUGUGUGUGGUAAGAUUCUCCUUGCCACUUGGCAUGUCAUCUAACAAGAUGACCAAGGUUCUCCAGAAAGGAGAACUCAUGGAUGUUAGGAUUGUCUGCACUGUCUCAAAGACCGAUGGGAAUGGAGGGAGAUAGGAGGGGAAGAGCUAUCCAGGCAUAAGCUGUGAACAUUUGUGUAAAACAGGGAUGGGAGUUGGAGUGCAAACAGCAUCUGGAGGACACAGACCCCCAUCCCUGAGGUAAAGCUACUACAAGUUUGAAAGAAAGUUGAGCGUUGGGCACUGAAGAUUUAAGUAUAUUCAGCAAGAAUGAGAGUUGUUGUGUUCAUCUGCAGAUGCAAACAAACCAAGGGUGUGUUUACACUACAUAGUUAUUGGAUUCACACCAUCAUAGCUUCUCCCAAAGAAUCCUGGGAAUUUAGCUCGGCUGAGGUCAUUUUUUGCCUGAUAGAGACACCCAGCUUGCUUCAAAUAGCAGCAAUUCCUAGGGUUCCUUUGGAGGACAGAAUUAACGUUAAACUAAAUUUAGAGGCGAAGGGACGCGGGUGGCGCUGUGGGUAAAACCUCAGUGCCUAGGACUUGCUGAUCGUAAGGUCGGCGGUUUGAAUCCCCGCGGCGGGGUGAGCUCCCGUCGUUCGGUCCCAGCUCCUGCCCGCCUAGCAGUUCAAAAGCACUCUUAAGUGCAAGUAGAUAAAUAGGGACCGCUUUAUAGCGGGAAGGUAAACGGCAUUUCCGUGUGCAGCACUGGUGCUGGCUCACCAGUGCAGCUUCGUCACGCUAGCCACGUGACCCGGAAGUGUCUUCGGACGGCGCCGGCUCCUGGCCUCUUGAGUGAGAUGGGCGCACAACCCUAGAGUCGGUCACGACUGGCCCGUACGGGCAGGGGUACCUUUACCUUUACCUAAAUUUAGAGGCACAGCUUAAGGCACUUCUGGGUGACCUGUUCAAUGAGCAUACAUCCUGAUUUGUUUGUGAGAAGGUUGGGUGACAUUCCAUAAUAGUGUGUAUUAUUGCACACUGUCCAGUGUGUUUCUCCAUCACUUUCCAUGCUGCAAAAAGUCGAAUCUUUUGGAAAAUCAUAGGGUCCAACCUCCUGCAAUGCAGGAAUAUGCAGCUGUCCCUUACAGGGAUUGAACCUGCAACUUUGCCAUUAUCAGCACUAUUGGGCAACUUGAAUUUGCCGGUAUGUGAUUGAAUCCCACCUAAAAACGGCGAGAAGUCUGAAAGUGCCCUCAAAUAUAUGCCCAAACAUUAUUAUUAGUUGCUUCAUACAACCUUUUCAGAAUUGGUGGCUUUCGUGGAGCAACACUGCAGGUGACUAAAGCAGCCAAGCAACAGCAGGAGCCUGGAAACGGUUCCUUUUUCUGUGAAAUGGCUGUGUUUCACAGCCAUGAAACUGGCAGCUGUUGCUACUGAGCACCAGCCAUUUUUCACCCCGGCAGGCAUGACUAUUACCCACAUGCUCCUCUGGAGAAGGUGUCUGCAUUCAUUGUCAUGGACACUUAGCAGAUAAUGACUCAUGAACUCACUACUAUAUGCUUAUCCAGAUCCCUUCCACCGUUUUUUCGAGACCAUCUUGUAGUACUUCAUGUGAAUUUGGUUGCAGUGGUGCUAGAUAAAGUGCUUCCUACUUAAAAAAAAAAAAUGUUUAGGAAAAAUUGUGGGUUUUUUGCUAAUACUAAAAUACAGAACAGCAAACCUUCUACACUGCCUGGCCUUCCUGAGCAUCCCAUAUCUUAAAAGUGGGGAACCUGCAGGGAGAAAAUGAGAAGGACUAAGAAGGGGAAAGGGUGACAACUUAGGAACAGGCUCCCCAAUUUCUGCCUCUCCUGUACCUGAGCGACUUGGUGUUCUUACUCAUCGAUAGUGGCAGCGCCAAACUUGUUUUGAACAUGUGGGUGAUUCAUAAAGUUGAAAGAGACAGACCUAAGCCUUGCUUUCUAAGCAUUAAAAUCUGAGUACUGUAAAAAGUAAGAGUCGGCAAAAUCCUCCAAGUAAAGUAUUGCAGUUCAGUGCCCAGGUUGGAGAUAUUUAUUAAAGAGGGACUAUCAUUCAGUGGUAGAGCCCAUUUUUUGAAUGCAGAAGACAACAGAAAAUUCUGUUCAUCACUACUGGGGUAGUGAUACUGCUGGAAAUGCUAGAGCAGGGAUCUUCAGUUUGCAAUGGGUUAAUUCUUUAAUCAGGAAGUCAACUAACCAUGCUGGGGAGGGAAGAGAUGUUGCUUAGCAACCUGUCAGAGUUUCAUGAUGUUUGAUGAAGUAGCACAUGCUCUGAUUGGCUGUGUAGUUCUGAGGAAGUUUUUCUUCUGUAUGUUUGGUCAAAUGUCUCCUUGCUAUGUAUAAGGUCUGAAGGAAGGAAGACAAAACACCUGCUUAUUUCUCCAUCUGCACUCCUGAAUUGACUUUGCUAACAGAUUCAACUACCAGUCCAGUUUGCUUCUGAAUCAUCACAAAUAGUGUUGGCCUCUAAAACAACUCAGUAGCUAGGUUCUGUUCCUGUUCUUGAUUCUCCGCCCCCUCCCCCAGGAGUACUCAUUUUAAACUGUGUAUCUUGCCUUUCCUAAAAUUUCUUUCGUCGUGAAGAAAGUACAUAUGGCGGUGUACAUAUGCUUCUCCCCAGCAGUCACACAUCCAGGCCCUGGCCAGACCCAGACUUGCUUAGUAUUCAUAAGGUGAUGGUCUCAUGUCUUCAGACCAUAACUAUACAGUGGUACCUCGGGUUAAGAACUUAAUUCGUUCUGGAGGUCUGUUCUUAACCUGAAACUGUUCUUAACCUGAGGUACCACUUUAGCUAAUAGGGCCUCCCGCUGCCGCCGCGCCGCCAGAGCAUGAUUUCUGUUCUCAUCCUGAAGCAAAGUUCUUAAACUGAAGCACUAUUUCUGGGUUAGCGGAGUCUGUAACCUGAAGCGUCUGUAACCUGAGGUACCACUGUAUAUGAAAAGUAAAGAUGGAGAAUUGGCAGCAUCUGCCCCUACCUCUAGGUAUAGGGAAGCUUGAUCCCAUUCAACCAUCUCUCCUCCUAGACCACAUCUCUUGCUUAGAGCUCAUUGACGCUGGUCAACAGAACACAGCAGAAGGCACUCAGAAGCAACCCGGACACUCUCUGCAUUGCUGCACCCUGGCUUCCUUCAUUUUCUGGAUCGUGCUCUCUUGGGAUGCAAGAGCACGGCAGAACUGGAUGCAUAUCAGAUUCCUCCUUGAUAAUACAGUUUAGGAACGAUCUAGAUUGGGUUGUGAUCAGUGCAGGGCCUGUUGAUUCCCCCCUCCCCCCAAAAAAACAAAACCUAUGUGUGAUUGCAUGAUUCAUAGCUAGCGUGAAGCAGCUUUUCCACAGAAGAUUUGGUUGAGAACAUGCAUUUUCUCUGAGUUUUAUUAUGCCAUCUCCCCCAACCUCCCCUCGCCAUCUGGUGUGCAAGCGGCUGAAAAGAGCUGGAGAGCUUCAUAAUUGAUUUGCCUUGAGGGGAAGUGCUUGGUCUUCCCUACUACCAAGUAGGAAUUCAUGGUUCAGGGCCGUCCUAGAGCAUACCUCCAGUUGCCUGUUAAAGAGCAAUGCAUGCUUUCACUGUAAAAAAAAAAAGAGCUACAUGGGUGUUUCUCCCACAGAUUAUUACAAUAAUAUAUUGGGGGUUUUUUUUGUCUUGGUAUAAACUGUUUUCUUUCUUUGAAUAAGCAGCAUUCCAGCUUUUUACUCAAGAUAUUAUUGAUAGAUAGAUGAUAAAAAGCAAUGGAAUUUGAGUGUAGCUCUCCCCACCCCAGCAAAUAAAACCUUGUUAAUUUAUUUCACAGCUAUCCCAGACCCUCUAAACAGGAGCUUGCUCUCCUCCUCCUACAAAGUUCUCACUCUUAUCUUCCAGCAUAUCACAGGUUAAAAUAGGAAUGAGCCUCUGAUGACUCUCCAAUUCUUGUCCUGAGAAUCGCUGCACAAGCCUAACCCCCUCCAUCAUUGCUGCCCCCCAUCCUUAAAGGUAAAGGGACCCCUGACCAUUAGGUCCAGUCGUGGCCGACUCUGGGGUUGCGGCGCUCAUCUCACUUUAUUGGCUGAGGGAGCCAGGGUACAGCUUCCGGGUCAUGUGGCCAGCAUGACUAAGCUUUUUCUGGCGAACCAGAGCAGCUCACAGAAACACUUUUUACCUUCCCGCUGGAGUGGUACCUAUUUAUCUACUUGCACUUUGACGUGCUUUCGAACUGCUAGGUGGGCAGGAGCAGGGACCGAGCAAUGGGAGCUCACCCCGUUGCGGGGAUUCGAACUGCCGACCUUCUGAUCAGCAAGUCCUAGGCUCUGUGGCUUAACCCACAGUGCCACCCACAUCUCAGCCCCCCAUCCUUACCAAUGUGUAAUAGAAGCUGGUUAGAUGAGCAGCUGGAUCAUCCACUGUUGAUGGGCCAGCAUCUUCCACCACACCAGAGAAGGUGAGUUUAGGUGAUGGUAGAGCAGGUCAUGCAGCAUGCAGCUCUGUCCUCCAACACUUAACUCUCACUCCUUGCCACCUGUAACUGCUGUCUAAGGCAGCUGCUUCUCUCUGCCUAAUGGCAGGGCCAGCCAAGCCAUUGCUUUGCUUUGCAAUAGCCUGCCCUCCACUAGUUUAAAAGCCAAGAGGGUAAUAGGCCCAAAUAAUCUACUUGAAAAGCUAAGUUUCCAUAGACUCAUUAGCCAUUUCAACCUACCUCAGCAACUGUAGCAUGUAAAACAAUGCCUUGGUGUUCAUGUACAUUCGUUUACAUUGGGAUUGGGGAACAUUUAUUUGGCCUGAGGGCCACAUUCGUUUCCAGCCAAUCUUCUGAGGGCCACAUACCAUUGGUAGGCAGGGCCAGAGGCAAAAAUUAGCAGAACCACAAGCGCAUCUCCCCCCCCCCCAAAAAAAAAACCAUGUCAAAAACCAUGUCAACCCCUUUUUUUCUCACAAGAAAGUGGCUGGCAUUGGGGGCAUCAUUACCUCACUUGAUUUCGUGUCACAAUUCCCCCUCCCCCCAAAAAAGUGCUUUUUCAGGGUUGCGAACUUGUGUGGUGCCCCAAAAAUGCGUGUUUUGGGGCACAGUGCCUGAAUAAAGCACUGUUUUCAUGCGGCAAUCGCAACAUGAUAUCAUGCAAGAUCAUGGCGCCCAAAACGGCCAAGGUUCUCUCUCUCUCGGGGAAAAAUCCAGGAAGAUGGCUUCCAAGAAGGUGGCAUCCCAAUAUUUGCCUUCAGGGUGUUGGAGAAUAUGCAAAUAUAAAUUUUACCUUUGAACAGUAAGCUAGUUUCUGGACACACUCUCGCACCUCUCUACCCUCCAUCUAGACAAGGAAGAAACAUGAUCAGAAUUCAAGGACAUGGUCCAGCCAAAAAACACUCAAGGUGUGGAGCAGGACCAGUGAAAGGGGCAGCCUGGGAAUAGUUUACAAGGGUCAAGCUACAUUUCACCCCCGGGCCUGGGGCUCCCCACCCCUGAUUUACAUGGAUAUAUGUGCAAAAGACAAGGGUGCACCCAUUCCUCCUUCAGAGAUGUAACUUCACUUAAGAGUCUCUGAGAGGGCGGUUGAAUCCUGGAGAAUGACAAUGCUAACAUUUUGUACAAAUACAAAAAUGGUUUAACAAAUGGCAUUCCCUUUUUACAAGAAACUCUCGGAAUUGUAGCUCUGUGAGAGGAAUAGGGGGCCUCCUAACAACUCUCAACACCUUUAACAAACUACAGCUCCCAGAAUUAUUUGGCGGAAGCCAUGACUGUUUGAAGUGGUAUUAAGGUAAAGGUAAAGGGACCCCUGACCAUUAGGUCCAGUCGUGGCCGACUCUGGGGUUGCGGCGCUCAUCUCGCUUUAUUGGCCGAGAGAGCCAGUGUACAGCUUCCAGGUCAUGUAGCCAGCACGACUAAGCCGCUUCUGGUGAACCAGAGCAGCACACGGAAACGCUGUUUACCACCAGAGCAGUACCUAUUUAUCUACUUGCACUUUGACGUGCUUUCGAACUGCUAGGUUGGCAGGAGCAGGGACCGAGCAACGGGAGCUCACCCCGUCGCGGGGAUUCGAACUGCCAACCUUCUGAUUGGCAAGUCCUAGACUCUGCGGUUUAACCCACAGCGCCACCCGCAUAUUACAGUGCUUUAAAUGUAUGGUGUGAAUGUGGCCAGAGACUCAGUAACUAUGCUGGUACUGCUACUCAGUCUAGAUGUUUUGAAAUUAAUGGACCUUAGUCAUGUUCAUUAAUUUCAGUCGGUCUACUCUUUAUUGCAUACAAUGUUUUUAGAAAUAAGAAGGGAACUUACUGUGUUUUUCCUUCUUGGGUACCAUAGCUAUAGCACUUAUCAUUUUGUUGGCUCUUUCAUAUAGAUAAGCUUGGAAGUUUUGUUGGAAUCAGUGCAGCAGAGUGUAGAGCAGAUCAUUUAACCGCAUGGCAUAAUUUUUAAACACGUUAAUCAUCCAACUGACUUCAAAGUGCCCAGCAGGGUCUCGUUUUUAUUUAUUUGAUUAAUUUUCUUAACAUUCAUUAAUAGUCACUUUUUGGUAAUUGAUGUUUUCCCAUUAAUUAUAAUUUUAAUCAUUCCAGUUCAUUGCAAGCCAUUUAAUAGAAAGAUGGGAGGGAUUAGUUGUGACAAAGGUUGCAAUUCUAUAUUUGCACUUACCUGGGAUUACCGUAUUUUUCGCUCUAUGGGAUGCACAUUUUCCCCUCCAAAAAUGAAGGGGAAAUGUGUGUGCGUCCUGUGGAGCGAAUGCAGGCUCCUCGGCUUCAGCGAUAGCAACGCAGAGCCUCCGAAGUGCAGAGGGAGCGCUCCCUCCGUGCUCCGGAGGCUUUGCGUUGCUUUCGCUGAAGCCUGGAUAGCGAGAGGGGUUGGCUUCAGGGAUAGCCGCCUGAAACCUUGCUCUCCCGGCUUCAGCAAAAGGAACCCGAAGCCUCCGGAACGCAGCAGGAACUCUUUGGAUCUUUGAGGCUGGAUCUUUGAGGCUGGAGACUUCCCCCCACCGCCAGCCCUACAAGCUUGGGGGGCAGCGGGAAGGCGGUAAGUCCUAUCUACUACAGUGGGGCUUACAUAUGAAUAGACAGGUAUAUGAUUGCAGAAGUAGAGCGUGAUGAUGUGCACAUGGUCAUGUCAUUAUACAAAAAGUUUCAGAAUCAAAUCAGGAAUGAUUCACACAUCAACUUUGUGGGGUUCUUGUGUCUGAGGGAGGAACAUGUUGAUGUUGAUAUGAGUAGACUUUGUAGUCCCACCUUUGCAGGUGCCCAUCUUAAGGGUCUUGUUUUUAAUCCCUGAUAUGUAUAUUGGGUUUUAGCACCUAUUUUUGAAGGUGAUUUGAUUUUAUUUGUGCUGUAGUGGGUAUUCCAGACUGGCGCUUUCUUCAUAUGCAUGUGUUUUGAAACCUCACAACAGUUGUGGGUCCUGCAUUGCGGGGGAAGAACGAGAUGACCCUUUGGGUCCUAUCCAACUCUAUCCAACUCUACAACCUGUGUUUCUAUAGGAGCAGCACAACUGUGGGGAGUCACACUCCAAGGUGACUGUGUGAAACCGCACAAAAGAAAAUAACAGCAUCUCCAACUAGGGUAUCCAAUGUGGUACUUUCUGGAUGUUUUUGUACUCUACCUACUCUAUCGUCCCACACUAGCAUAGUCAAUGGUCAGGGAUGAUGGGAUCUGUAGUCCAGCAACAUCAGGGGUUCAUGACCUGUGUCCCACACAGGCUUGCCAGCUGGUCCUGCUGGUCUCUCAGCCUGAAACCAUGAGACCUUCUGUACUGUAUUGUUACAGAAGUUGGGUGCCACCCACACUUUCUGCCAAGCGCUGGCAAGAGGCCAGGGACUUCCGGGCUCUCACCCAGGAUUUGGAGAAUUGAAGACACAGCAAAUAUGGUUGUAGCUUUAAGAACUAGGUCUUAUUCACAUAUUUACCCCUUCAAGAGAGGCUUGUUCCCCACAGCAGUGCAGCACUGGAGUGCAAGCCAGCCUGCCAAGAUCUAUCUCCCCCUUUGUUCUCACCUUCUUCUCCUUCCCCGCACACCUUGAUCUAAAGACUCUCCUAUAGAUCUAGAUCCCAAGAUUCCUCCUAUAUGGGCCAUCAACACCUUUUGUCAUAUUAAUGCCUUUGUCCCAGGUGAGGCCCUGGCUUAGCCUACACUUUUCCACUGGCCUCCAAUUUUCCCCUCAACACCCCAAAAUAAUCAAAAUCCUGCCAUUUAUUAAUUUCUAGGGUUUAAGGCAGUCCCCGCUCCUCAGUCUGUAACAGUAUACCUAGGAUCAUCUUACAAUUCUAUGACCAGCUCUGAAAAAUAUCCCUUGGUAACCAGGAGGGAAAUAUGGAAAUCAAAAACCAGAUUAUUUAAUAAAGGCAAGGCUGCUCUGCCUUUGUCACGUGAGAUGACUUCAUGCUUGCUAUGGAACCGUAAGGUAUCCUGCUUAGUAAAGAUGCCAGACUGUCUGUAGGAGAUCGACCCCCUGCUUGCAAAUUGGGGAAAUGGCCAACCAUCAGAGCAAAGGACAAAGAAAUUCCUUUAUUUCUUCUUCAACUUGUAAGAGAGAGGAAAAUAUGUCAGGCAAAUCAGUGGGAGUGUGUGGGAAAGAAAGAAUGAGUGCUCCUAUUCUUUGGAUGCGGCUGGGAUCAUCACCCUGGGGCAGAUGUUGGAGUCCCAGUGUCUUGCCAGGUUACCCACCUGCCCUCCCCUUGUGUUUUUUUUCCAGGCCCAGAACUUGGACUAGCACCAGAUGGCUGGGUCUAGGCAAUCAUUCAAUUCCCUGCAAACCUCCUUACCUAGAUUUUCUCUGGCACAUGUUGUAAACAAAAUGUGCCCUUUUCCCCUUAUGGGGUAUCCAAGAGCCCAUAUAGAGUCCUUACGUAGGUUCCCUAUUGGUAGGAGAAAAUAACAGAGGCCAACCAGAGAAUAUUGAGAAGCAAAGCAGCUAGUAAGCCUGAUCUUUAUUGAUCUGUUGCAACAGGGUGCUCCCCUCACGCGCAGGAAAGGAGGAGGAACCCAGAACAAAGGUGUGUCCGCCCUUAUAUAGACAUUUUAAAUUGCCCUGCCCUGGAGCUCAAGACCACCUCUCCAUACAUCAUACCUACAUCAUCAUACCUACAUCGCAGAAAGGACAGUCUACAGCAGAAAUCUGAGUGCGUUGUUUAUCUCGUCUGACAGGUUACCUGUUAAUGCUCACUUGAUUGGAUACCCUGGGAAGCCUGGCCAGUCUUUUGUAAUGAUAAAUACUUAGCUCCUGAGCCAGGUCACAGGCUCACCCCAUAUAGACACAGACAGACAUACCCUUAAGACAGGAUUUGUGAAGGAAAAGACAAUGGGGAGGCUUUUCCAUUUUCCUUUGACCUUGCACAGAAAACAUUUGGUCAGUCUGGGAAUAAUAAAUGGUUUCAGGUCGGUCUUCCUGUGCUGAUCUAUGUACAUGCUUGGUUGGUACAUUUAUGAACAUUUAAUAUAUAUCUAAGACCUUAAAAUUCUUAUUACAGUGGGAAAUUGAAAGGCAGACUAGACCCAGCUGCAGACUGCUGUCUAGAGAGCAGAGCCACCACUAGGAUAGCCGUGUGCCCCAAACAAUCCCCUGUUUGGAAGGGUUAUCAGAAAGCAGUCCUCCAUUUGAAGGAGACCUCUGUUUGAAAGGCUAUCUGGUCCAAAUCUGGGUUAAAGAUUUAGAACCUUGAGAAGGAAGAGCAGGAGCCUGGAAGCUGCCGAUCAGCAGCUAGCACCUGAAUAGCAGAUGGUGUCAGUGUGAGAGGUGCUGCGAUCCAGUUUAAAUAACAGCAAUCGCUGCUAAAUUUGCAUCUAUAUAAAUUUAGCAUAUGCACAUGAUGUGCUGGCCUGUGUCCUCUUUCUUUUCUUCUUUGUGAUGCAGAACUGGCUACUCUAGCCCACUUCACCCAGGUAAGCCCACCUUGGCCCACUGACUCAAGAAGUUCCCCGUCACUUUGCCUCAGGAUGCCUUGACUUUGUAGGCAGCAAAAAUAUUUUGUUUAUUUAUGAUGUUUCUAGACCACUUUGCCUCCAAGGAGAACAAGGUGACAGACAUGGUUCUUUUCUGUGCUUCAUACUCAGGACAACCCUGCGAGGUACGCAAAGGUCAAAAAUAUCAGCCAGUGAUUUGAACCCUCGGGUCCCCGGUUCAGUGCAGCAACCUGACCACUGUACCAAAUGCUACAUUGUUCUUCUUGCUGUUCACUAUUUCUCUUAAGUUACAUGACUUACGUUCAUUUCAUUGCAAAGGACACAUCUAAACAAAUCAUAAGGGACGCGGGUGGCGCUGUGGGUUAAACCUAGGACUUUCCGAUCAGAAGGUCGGCGGUUCGAAUCCCCGCGACGGGCUGAGCUCUCGUUGUUCGGUCCCUGCUCCUGCCAACCUAGCAGUUUGAAAGCACAUCAAAGUGCAAGUAGAUAAAUAGGUACCGCUCUGGCGGGAAGGUAAACGGUGUUUCCGUGCGCUGCUCUGGUUCGCCAGAAGCGGGUUAGUCAUGCUGGCCACAUGACCUGGAAGCUGUACGCCGGCUCCCUCGACCAAUAAAGCGAGAGGAGCGCCGCAACCCCAGAGUCGGUCACGACUGGACCUAAUGGUCAGGGGUCCCUUUACCUUUUUAAACAAGUCAUUAACUACAUAACAUUUGCAGAUUUAAAACCAACAACAAUAUGAUUGAAUACUGAUCGCAUUCGCUUAACUGAUAUCCAUUCCGGAACAAGAUGAACACACCACCUGCAGCAAUUACCACUUCCUUACUCACUUUUAUUGGAAUUUCCAUAACAUCCCUAACCAUAAACCAGGAAUUAUGGAUUGUUUUCUCGCAGUGUGAAGCGGGGGCAAUGAAGUGGUUGUGAUUUGCUUGUCCACAGCAAGCCAUCGUUUAUGGCCUACCAUGAUGUGCAAACAUAGCCGAUGUCUGCCCCUUCAGCCCAGCUGUAGUAAAAUCUUAUAUGGAUGCCUUUUAGAAAACAAUUUGUCAGAUUAUUUUACCCAUACACUACUAUGUUCUCACUUGAAAGGUAUAGAAAUGAUACAUGGCAUACCUCUGCCAGUCUUAUGGAUUGCAAAAGAUUGCUCUGCCAGGAUUUCGUACCUGGAACAGUAACUGCAUCUCUCAUGGCUGAUUCACAUAUUGCUUUUUUCCUACAUUUUUUAGAUACUAGAAUCAUUUUGAUGUUUUCAUUCUUGGCACCGUGGUGUCUGCAGAAAGUGGUAAACAUAUGGCUCUACCCUGCAGUCACUACAUAUAUUAGACAGAGAAGGAAGGACCACAGAAUUAUAGAAUUGUAGAGGUGGAAAGGACCCUGAGGAUCAUCUCAUUCAACCCCCUACAAUCCAGGAAUAUGCUGCUGUCCCUUGGGGGGGUCAAACCUGCAACGGUGGCAUUAACAGCACAACACUCUAACCAACUGAACUAUCCAGGCUAGCAGGUGACAGAUGUGUUUCACAUACAUAAAAUCCCAGUUUCAAUCCCUGGCAUCUCUGGUUGAAACAAUCAGACAGAUGAUAAGAAAGAUAUCAGUUUGAGAUUUGGAGAACUGCUGCCAGUCAAAGUAGACUAGACUGGGCUCAAUGGGCUCAAUGGUCAGAUCUGGUAUAAGGCAGCUUUGUAUGUUAAUGGUGUUGUAUAGGCCUUCCCCUCCCACCUGCCAAGGUAGAGUGAGUCUUGAAUCUGCAAAACGGAAGUUAUCCUCUUUGUGCAAAAUGAUAGCUCAGGGCAUGAAACACCAUGUUCCCUUCUCUCUUGCUAGCCCACACUCUCCCAGUCUUUUCCAGAUCACAGAACUGCAAACAGCCCUACUUUAUAGCGCUAUAAGCAGACUUCAGGUAUUGAUAGCAUCCUGAGUAUGAAACUAAGUUCUAAGGAUGCUUCCAGACAGGUGUUGUGGGGGCAGUGGAGCUCAUGCAUACAGGUUUUUCACAGCAUGCGCAUGAUGUUGUUGGCAUCAAAAUGCCAGCUUCCAUUCCCUCCUUCCCCAAUUUAACCCAAUUACCCUUUCUGUUGCAAAUGAAGUCAGUUAAAAACAACAACCACGAUCCUGUUGCCAACCUCUUUCUGACAUCUGAAAGACCUACUUGCAAUCUUAAGCCCCCCCGCAUCUGAAAGCAACCUAACUUUAUAUUAUCAUUACAGUUGCAUGAAACUGAUAUAUCUGGCCAUCAGCCAUUCCUUUUCUAGGAAGAUGGCUUGUUUAAUGGCUCAUUUGUGAGUGGUUGGUGUUUUCUCAAUGGGAGCUGAAUGCUUGAUACAUAUACUGUAUAGAGAUUUCUCUUGAGUGUUGGCCAUCAGAGCUUUGAGAGGGUGAUCUCCAAAGCAAACAGUAAGGGGGGAAGCUGAUGCAAGGUGUGUGCGAAGUACUCUCUUUCCUCCAAAGGAUGGCAUGAGCUGGAACUUCUCACCAUUUGGGGCAGGGCAGAGCACAUAUGUCUUCCUGUUUAGUGAUUGGCCACCAGUUACUAUGGUUGUUGUUCAUUGGUUUGUUAAUGUCAGCAUGGAGUGCAGGCCGCACCCUUCUGGUCUGAGUGAGAACCAUAGAAAACAGUUUUCCAGUUUUGUUGAAAUUGGUUUUGAGGGACUUGCUUUGUUUACAUGCAAACAGAAGAAGCAGUCUCUGUGGGUGGAUUGUGGGGGGUUGCUGUUGGGCUUUGGGGGGAGCGGCAAUGCAGUCCAAUACAUUUUGACUUAGAAGUCUGUCUCAUUGAGUCAAAUAGGACUUAGAAUCAUAGAAUCAUAGAGUUGGAAGAGACCACAAGGGCCAUCGAGUCCAACCCCCUGCCAAGCAGGAAACACUCCUGACAUAUGGUUGUCAAGCCUCUGCUUAAAGACCUCCAAAGAAGGAGACUCCACCACACUCCUUGGCAGCAAAUUCCACUGUCGAACAGCUCUUACUGUCAGGAAGUUCUUCCUAAUGUUUAGGUGGAAUCUUCUUUCUUGUAGUUUGGAUCCAUUGCUCCGUGUCCACUCCCAAGUAAAUGUGGAUACAAACCACCAUGCAUCCACCUAGCUCAGUCAGUAGAGUAUGAGACUCUUAAAUUUCAGGGUUGUGGGUCCGAGCCCCACAUUAGGCAAAAAGAUUCCUGCUUUGCAGGGGGUUGGACUAAAUGACCCUCACAGUCCCUUCCAACUCUAUGAUUCUAUUAUCUUUGGCUCAACAAAUACAGAAAACUAUUACAAGUUUUCACAAGAAAACUGGCUCUGUAAAAAAAGUUGCCCUCCGAGCUUGCUAUUCCUUGGGGAAGUGGGGUGCAUAUGAAAUACUGUGACUCUCUGCCUGUGUGUUUACUAAAAACUGUUUUACUGAGCCCCGCUGCUUAUUAAUUCUUCUCCUUUUUAAUAUAUAUUUUUAAAAACAGGUUCGAAGACCAGGGACGGAGUUGUUCAUGGGGUUACAACAGGUAAGCCCAUCACUGCAUCUCUGUUUCUAAAUCCAUGCUAAACCUCCCACCUAUCCCUUCAAGAAACCUUUAUUUCUGAGUAGGCUCUGAUUCAUGGAGGCAAGUAGGUGUGGGAUAAAAUCAAGCAUGCUGGAAAGCACACAACAAAUGUGCCCGCAGCUAUAACUUUAGCACAAGCAGAGAACCUUUUCUCUGUCAAUGGCUGGGUUUCCCCUGGAACAAUCUCCCUGGCCUAUUGCAAUGAGGAAGAAAUACAAUUCAGUUCAUAUUUAAAGGCGAGCCUACCUAACGGGCACUUGCCAAAACAAUACAUGAACUGAAACACAACAAUUCACACUUCUCUGCAUUUUGCAAUGCUCAGUAAUGUAUAUUAAAAAUGCACAUGCUAGGAUAAAGCAUAUCUAAAAAUGCACAUUUUAGUGAAAAUAAGAUGCAAAGAAUGUAGAGAAAAAUUGCUCUGCAAAAUUGUGUAUAUUAGGCAAAGUUGCAUAUGCGUUUCUUAGGAGAAAUUUGCACUAAAAUGCUGGUGAAUUUUCAGGUGGACAUAAAAAGAAAUCCUGCAUUCUUCCCUGCCCACCCCCUUUAGUGCCCAGCUCCAUGCAUGGGGAAAUGUUAAGUGGGCUGGUAGCUGAUCUUGUCUACUCUCCCUUCUCCUGCCCCGCAAAGCACAAAGUCCCGGGACAACGAUAGGAGGAUUGCAAAUCUUUGCCAUCCACAGAAGGCUAAAAUAUAACAUGCAUAACAUAUUUGCUCAUGGAUUUCCCCUUCCCCCAGCAGUUAUUUAAAAGAAAUACGGUUGUAUUCAGUGGAGCACUAAGCGAAAUGCUCCUUCAUUGCAAGGAUUUCUCCUAUUGCAAAGGAACAUUUUCUUCCUUUUUCUGCCCCCCAAGCGCCUGCUAAGUCUAACAUAAAUCCCAAACCUGUUUGGAAAAGUGAUGAAGUGUAAACCUGGAAAAAGGAGAAACCAAGAGAAACCCAAAAUUGAUGGGCUCUCCUAUCCCUAGAGGUUCCACAUGCAAAGUUACAUGCUCCAUCACUGAUUAUGCAACCCAAGGAAAGGUUGUGUUCAGGCUAGCAGGCCUGGACUAGUGGCGUGUGGUGCUGGGGGAGAGUCCCACAUGCCAUGAAGUCUUGUGAAGAAACCUUCCUGAAGGGAGACUCACGCAGAGCCAACUUGCUUUCACAUGAUGUCGAGAGCUGUGAGCAGGCCAAGUUUACCUCAAAACCAAAACCUUUUGCCUUUUCCACAGUGGCAGAGAAAACUAAAGAGGGAGUGUCAAACGUGGGAGGAGCUGUAGUGACUGGUGUCACAGCCGUGGCACAAAAGACAGUGGAAGGUGCCGGAAAUAUCGCCGCUGCCACUGGCUUUGUCAAGAAGGACCAGUUGGCCAAACAGGUUAGUUUAUGUACUAUAAAGUUGAGAGGGAUGGAUUUAAUGCUGAUAUUUUUCUGUGGUACUUUUAAGGUAAAGGUAAAGGUACCCCUGCCCGUACGGGCCAGUCGUGUCCGACUCUAGGGUUGUGCGCCCAUCUCAUUUAAGAGGCCGAGGGCCAGCGCUGUCCAGAGACACUUCCGGGUCACGUGGCCAGCGUGACGAAGCUGCACUGGUGAGCCAGCACCAGCGCAGCACACGGAAACGCCGUUUACCUUCCCGCUAUAAAGCGGCACCUAUUUAUCUACUUGCACUUAAGGGUGCUUUCGAACUGCUAGGUGGGCAGGAGCUGGGACCGAUAGACGGGAGCUCACCCCGCCGCGGGGAUUCGAACCGCCGACCAUACGAUCGGAAAGUCCUAGGCACUGAGGUUUUACCCACAGCGCCACCCGCGUCCCUACAGCGCCACCCACGUCCUUUUACUUUUACACCUUUUAAGUGCAGAAGUGGGAGAACCUGUGGCCCUCCAGAUGUCAUUGGGCUACCGAUCCCAUAAUACUUGACCACUGACAACACUGGCUGGGGUUGAUAGGAUUUGGAGUCCACAGCCUUGUUUUAAGAUUAUCUACAACUUAAGCGCAAACCCCGUCCCAUUUUUUACUACCUGUUUUUGUUGUUACAUCCAGGUAACUGCUGGACAUAUGAUGGGAUGCCAUUCUAUUAUGUGUUGCCCUGCCCCUCACUUCAAAGAACUGUGUUAAGCAUUACCUCACCCCACAAUAUACUCUAAGUCAGCACAAUGUGCAGCGCUAUGACAGCCAACCACAUGUUUGUUUAAUAUUUCACGCUUUUAUAUCUCACCCUUAAAGCAGAUCAAGGCAACACACACGCCUUCUCUGUCCCUCUGCCCUAGUUUUAUCUUCACAUUGGUCUCUGUGAGACCAAUAUAGCGACUGGCUAACCCACACUCGGAGGUGAGUGUCGUUUCUGAGUGUGGAUUUAAAACAAAGCGUUCCCAGUCUUAGACCCCAUAAGCACUAUACAUUGGUUGUUGUUGUUGUUGGCAUCUGUUUGUCUUGAGAGACAAUGGAGUGUGCCUCUGGGGCCAAAGUCAAACUGCUGGGGAAUCGCAGAGCCUGCUGUGGCUGCAAAGACUGAUAACUCGUGAUGGCAGCCUCUCUCAUUGUUUUUGCUGAGUUAACAGUACCAAAGUGGCCACCCCAGGGGUGCAAGCUGUGGCAGUGUGUAUGGAGGUCCUGGACUGCCCAGACCACAAGACGCUUUUCUCAGCCUUGCUGAUGUGGUUCAAAGGAAAGCAGAGCAAUACUUUUGACAGCAGCUUGGCAGAGAGAGGCGUACAAGGCGCUUUCCAACGGUCUUAGCGUCUUUACUCUGGAUUUGUGUAGGGUUUACUGCUGGCCGCGUCCUGCCUUAAAUAGGGCAGGCCAAGCCCCCAGAGCCAGCCAAUUGGCUGGCCAGGGUGUGACACGGCCGGGAAUCUCCCAAUCGCACGGGGCUGGGCUCCAGCCACCACGCGCAUGGUGGGGCCGUGAAGCCCACAAACCCACUUCCUCUGUAGGGCGAAAGUGGCUUUCUUCUCCUGAAGAUGACCCACGAGGCAUUUAAAGCAGGACUGUACCACUGUAAACAACCAUGGCUUUUGCCAAACAAUCCUAGUUGUUAAGGGUGCUGAAAGUAGUUAGGAGACUCCCUGUUCCUCUCACAGAGCCACAGGGCUCAGACUUCACUGGGAAGAGAGAUGGAUUGUUAAGCUGCUCUGAGAAUGUUAAACUCCAUUUUCAGUUUCUUGUCUUCUAUAAAAGCCUUGUUGUAAGUAACUUCUCUCCAGAGAUAUUGUAGUGGCCUUUUUUGCAAUUCUUCUCCACUUUAUUAUUAUUAUUGAUAAAGGAAACUGUGUUUUACUGUGCAUUUGGUUUAAGCUCUUUUCUAAUGCCAUUUUCCAACAUUUACAAUGAACAAGCUACAAACCACUAGGGAACCUGAUGGAUCGUGGUUAAGAAGAAAGCCUCUCUCUGUAUUUUUUAUUACUUGUGCAUCUUUCACACAAGUAAUACUUGUAAUUAUGUUGGAAUCAGGAAGGCUGUUUUUAUUCAUUCUAUCUGCAUGGCUCUCAGAAAACAUACUCAUGUUGGUACAGCAAAGAAAUAGGAAGACAACAGUGUGUGUUUGUGAAUUGCUCCCUCAUUUUGGCCUCACUCUUGUGGUCAACCUUCACUGGGGCUCUCCCGUGUAGGAUGGGCUUCCCCAAUUAAAAGGAAAAGGGAACAUUUAAAAAAAUUCCCUCUACUUAGAAAACGUGGAUUUCUCCCCAACUUUCCAGUAUGUCUUCAGCAAAGAAGUUUGCAUGGCUAUUGAUCAAAAUUAGCCCUUUUGAGGCAGGUUUUGGGACAGCUAAAUUAAUUGUGCUACUAUAUCAUUUUUGGCUCUUCUGAUCUGAUCUUAUCCUGGCUAUUUUGUUGUUGUUGUUUUUGGCUGUGAUUUAUUGUAUUUAGAUUCUGCUAUUGUGAGCCAUUCUGAAGGUUGUGGGGUUUAAGCCAAAUCCUUAAACAAGCUGACGUGCUAAUAAAGAAAAUUGGGCUGAAAAUUGUGUUUACCUUACAAUAUGAAGAUACUGAACAGCAACAUUCCAAACUAUUGGCAACUUGGAAAUCAGAGUUCUUUUCAACAUCUAACAGCUGCAUCCCACAAGUUGGUGGGUGGGUUGUUUCUGGAUGUUGUUGCUGGAAAGGGUGCAGAACCUUUGCAAAGUUCUGUCAUAAAAGUAUGGCAAACUACUGAGUUCUCCAGAGAUCUUCAUCGAGCAAGAUAUUAACAUAAAGUGUGGAAUGUGCAAGCAGAAGAAAAAAUAAAAAAUGCAAAGAAUUAGGUUAAUACAGUAGUCAUGAGGGCACUUUGUAGACACAAACAAUGUUUGAGAGACAGAGCUGUAGUCUGGGAAGUUCCCACUCAGGGCUUGCUCCUGUUCUGAAAUGGCAAGAUGGCUUCAAAUCAUUAUUGUCUCAUUCCUCCCACCCCCUCGUCAGCAAUAUGAGAAUUGUAAUACUGCUCAGCCUUGCGGGGGUGUUUGAAUAAUUAUGUGCUUAGAUACAAUAUAUCUGUAUAUUACCUCCAACAUCUAUAUGUACACAAGAAAAGUACAAACUGGGGAGUCAGGAAAGGUAGAGAAGGUAUGUUGCUUUAGUCCCAUCACUGAUAAAAUCAAUCUUAAAUGCAACUGAUUCCCCCUCGAAACAUUGAUUCAUUAUCGGGGACUUCCGGGGAGGCGCCUCCAGUAAUGGCGGAAUUCCUCUGACCGGGAGGAAUCUGCUCCGUGGGAAUCUGGGUCUGGCCGCCAUGGCUAAGGCGGAGACCCGUUAAAAUCACAGGCAGGAGAAGCCUGUGAACGUGGGAUUCGGCGGGCACCUUUUGCGCCUCCCCCACUCGCGGGGAACCCCGGUUUUUGGGGCUCCGGAGCGACAUGGGGUGAGCGGCGCUGUGCAUCGAAUCGUCUGCUUCUUCCACGGAACGAAGCCGCAUAGCUGUUGCCGGAGAGCGCUGACCUUUUCCUGUGGACAAUUUGACUUUAAAGUAAUUACCCGUGAGUAGAACUGAAGUGGAAGAAUUGGAUUUCUAAAUGUUUAAUUUGGUACCGUAACGGGGAGGUUCAAAACAGGAAGUCCGCCUCCCCCUUUUGUAAAUAGACUGAGGCAAUGAAGUUGCAAGCUGGAGUCCUGGAAGGUCUUUUGUAAAAGAUCAAAUUUCCAAUGGUAAAGAACAUUAAACCCCCUCUUGGAGGCAGGAGAAGAGAGGGGGAAGUUGUGGAUUGAGUAUGCCUGCGGGAGAGAGCGAAGAGACUUAAAAUACCGCCACUCUGACCCUGGAAAUGGGCUGCUAGUAGGACUGAUGUCUUUUGGAAUGUUCAUUGACAGCUAGUUAAAUAAGAGAAAUACAUUGUUUCUACUGUCUCCGGCUGCUUUAAAAAGGAGUAAAAGUAACUGAAAAUUGAAACUAACUUGAAACUAAUUUUGGAUUGUUUAAAAGAGGAUACUAUUGACUAUUACAAAUAGAAACUGUUUCCCCCUAGUGGAAGCCUUUGAAACUGGUUGCUUUACAAGAGCUGGACUAGGGGAAUUUCCAGCUGCAAGUUAAAAACCGUGAGACUCUGGGACUGACCUUGAAUCUUUUAAGUGUUAUGGUAAAUGGAAGAGGAAAAACAGACCAGUCAACUGCUGAUAAAACAUUAAGGUCUGGGAGGACUUGGUAACAAUCCAGGAGAGGUCUAUCAUUAGGCCCUCCUGUUCUUUCUGUUGCUGUCUUUGUACUAGUAUAUUUAAAACCAAGAGGAAUGUCGACAGAAGAGGCUUUAGUGGCUGCAUUAUAUAAGAUAAACGACUCAUUGGAUCAGCUUCACAGGAAAAUGGACACGAUAAAUGCGAAAGUGGAUGUUUCAAUUACUAAAAUUAACUUAAAUACAGAAAGUAUAAAUAAUACCAAUACAGAAACCACCCAGAAAUUGAUACAAGAACCUAUUUUGAUAUGGCAAACUGUGGAGGAAGUCAGGGAAAAGCUGUUGCUGCUGAAGGCAAAGUAACACAACUGGAGAGAAAGAGAAAGAGAGCCCCAGCCCUACAGAGGCAAUUUGAUGAACAUAAGUUGACGCUUGCUAUGACUGAACUUAAAGAAAAACAGACGAAUUUGAGGAUUAGAGUUCACCUUUGGUGGACAUGCCCAAGGAUUAAGACACUCUGGGAGAUGAUUCAUAACGAAAUGAAAAAGGUAUUUAAAUAUACCCUUUUGAAGAAACCAGAGGCCUUUCUCCUGGGCAUGGUCGGCCAAUUGGUGUUAAAGGAUAGAAUUUGUUUCAUGUAUGCAACAAUAGCAGCAAGAAUACUCAUUGUGAAGUACUGGAAGACACAAGAUUUAUCCAUUCGGGAAGAAUGGCAGAUGAAGUUGAUGGACUAUAUGGAAUUGGCAGAAACGACUGGCAGAAAUCUGAGACCAGGGAGAAGAGCUGGUGGAAGAAGACUGGAAAAAGUUUAAGACUUUUUAUAGAAAUACUGUAAAAAUAAUGAAUGUUAGAAAAAUGUUGGAAUGAAGUUAUAUGGCUUUAGUAGAAAUGCUAUAAGGAAUCAAGUAUAAAUAGAUUAAUAGUGUAUUAAAGGGAAAAUAAGGCUAGAAUAUGUUAAGAUAAUUAUAGGAUAGAAAACAGAGGAAGAUGGAAAGGAAUUGCUGAAAUAAUUAAUAGAAGUGGAACACAAAACGGGAGGUGUGAGGAGGUCGUGGAAAUAAGGGAAUGACAGAUAAGACAUUGAAAUUGUUUUGUGUUUGAAAUGGUUUGUGUCUUGCUUUGUUAGUUUUAUGUUUUUCUUUUUUUUCUUUCUUUUUUCUUUCUUUUUUUUUCUUUCUGUUUUGUUGUGUUUAAACGGUUGAAAAUUAAUAAAUAUUAUUUUUAAAAAAAGAAACAUUGAUUCAUUAUCAUUUAAAGCACAACUUAUUUAAGGAUUAUACCAAUCUUCCAUUAAAUACUUGUUCAACCCACGUCGGGAUGAAUUCAUGAGGUGAGUCAACAAUGCAAGAUAAAUGCAUCCGCCUCUAACAGCUUUUGCACUCACAUGUCACAAUAGCUUAAUUAUUUGGUCAUCUGCUAGAUCCCAGUGGACAGUAUUUCCAUUGUCCAGAGCUCUCAAGGCAUAAUUUUAAAAGAGAUCAGAUCAGCUUCUAAUAUAUACACAGAACGUCUGCCUUAGGGGGAAGAGGUGAAGGGAGUUGAAAAAGCACGAGAAGGAUUUAUUACAGAGUUAGAGAAGGAUUAUUUCCAGACUUUGAGAAGAUUUUGAUCGUCUCCCACACCCCACUCCAAACAGCUUUAAAAGGGCAGUCCCUGGAAAGGUGAUUCAGCUGUGAGACACUUGUCCUGACGUUCAAUAGAUGGAAGUAGAAGGAUUAUUAUUGCGUGGUGAGUUCCCGCCUCCCCCCAGAAGAAAUAAAGACACGACACACUGAAUAUAAGGUUAAAUGGGCGAAUUAGGCCACAACUUUAUUGAUUACUGGAAUGAGUGGUAUUGGCCUUAGGCAUUGGUCCUAUCGACUAGCCGGCUCCAGCCCAAUUGCGUGAAGGGUUAACCACCAGUCGAGGAGUCCUGCUGAGGCACGUCAAAUAGGAGCUCCCUCGGGGUCACCGCUCGGGGGCGUGCCUUAGGCCCACACCUCCAUAGGCUUCGGACAGGGCAACGCCCCCCGGAGUCCUUUAUUGGACUACCCUUUGUUGCUGGGGGAAGCGAUGGUGCUUCCUCCCCCCCUUCACAUCCUCUACAGCUCCCAGGAUACUUUGGGGGGAACUAUAUGUUUUGUAUGUAUGGUGUGGAUGUGACCACAGUACAGUAACCCUAAAGAGCUGGGCUGCACAUAAACCAAGGCCUGGAUAGACACCCUUUCUUUAAGUUGUGUACAGCAUGUUAUUCAGUAAAUUAGCAUAUAUUUUUAGGGCAUGUUGUGUGAAGAGCAUUCACAGGAUUGAAUGCAUAUUUAGCACUUUUUUCUUUCCACCUCCUACACAAGCUAUGAGACGAGCUUUCUGAGUUGCUGGAGUUCUCUGCGAAGAUGGGGGUUGUGCUUAAUUUUUCAGGCACGUGACUUGCUCUCUGAGAUCGAGUGAGAACUGAUGGUGAACUGCAGAGAAAACUCUAAACGAGGGGAGGAUGACCUACCCUGGAGUAAAGACCAUGAGAGUCGGAUCAGGAGAGAGGGCAGCAGGGGAGUCAAAAGAAUAGCACCCUCUUGGGAAAACUAUUAUGUGUUUAUUUAAAAAAAAAAAAGCAGCACAUGCUCCCUAAAACAAUUGUCUUUUUUUUGCAAUUUGAUAUCUAGUAUAUUAAGAUUGGUUUUCCACAGCUAUGUUCUGUAGGUUCUCGCUUUGACAUUUCCCAGUCUGCUUCCAUGGGGAAUUGUGUGCUUUGUGUUGCAAGAGGACCUGUCAACACACACCUUGCAGGGUCCACAUGUUUGAAGCUUGUAAUUUCAUUUCAGCGGGGCUCUUUGAGGCUUAAAGUCAUUUGGAGAUGGCAAGAGCAGCCUGGCAAUGAUAUUCUGGAGUCUCUUCGGAGAGUGUUUUAUUUCCUGCACUGAAGAAUAGUUGACGUAACUGUGUUGUCCAUGGCUGACUUCCAAUUUUCCAUGUUCAGACCAUUAGCAGUUGCUGCGUUGCAAUAUCUUGUUUGCUAUCAUCUCUCCCUACUCCUUCAGACUCCAAACAUAAUUCAGACAAGGACAGGCGAAUUGUAUUAAGCUGUUUUGGGUUGCCUUGGGCUUUCCAGUUUCUUAAACACUGUGGCAGACAUGUCUUUAGGUGUAGGUCUUGGAAAUAUCUUUUCAAAAUGUCUCUGGGUUGUCUCUUUUCUUCCUUCCUCUUUUCUUUGAUCUUGGCUACUGUUUUGUUAAAUGGUUGGGCUGGAUCCAUCAUAGAAAUGCCAUUCGCCACGAGAAUGGGAUUACCAAAACAAGGCAAAGUCAGGAAGUCAAUUUUCAUAAUGUGAGGAUGUAUAGUGUCAUUUUGGAAGUAUUUUUAUCUUGGCGUCAAAUGCCAUUAAAAUGUGCAUCUUAUUGUACGAUUAGCUAGGCUGCUCAGGAACUGGUGCGUGUGUGUUUAAAAUUCAUGUAAAAAGUAUUAUUCAUGCCCGAUUAUAAGCCACCUACUAUUAGUAAUGUUAAAUAUAUAUGGCUAGAGCAGUGACGGGGAACUUGUGCCCCACUUAUAUAUUGUUGGACCACACCUCCCAUCAUUCCUGGCCAUUGAUCAUGCACCCUGUGGCUGAUGGGAAGAGGAGUCCAACAAAAUCUGGAGGACCAUAGUUAAGUGGCCAAGUGUGUCUUUCUAAUAGUCACUCCUGAGGGUCAAGUUAAACUUAAGGGGGCAUUUUUCAAAGGCUAAGUGUUGCAUGUGGGGUAAAUUUUGUUGGAAUCAAAGCUCCCCUUCCCUAUAUGAUUUGAUCCUGAUGUGGUUCUGCACACUAUGCAUUUAAUGUAAUGUGUAGUUUGACCCUGAGUCAGAGCUGAUUCAAUGCUGUUACAAAGAAAAGGGAAAAGAAAAAUCAAGAAUCACCGAAUCUUCCUCUUUUUUAGUUUCCACAGAGAAAAGAAGGCACUGAUUUAUAGGAAUCUAAGGUCACUUUCUGUGGAAAUGUGCUGUGCUGUGUUUUCCAGUAUUUUCCACAAUGAUUUCACACGAACUUCAUGUUCAAAUGAUGAGGUUUUAAUUUUAUUUUAAAAGCUAUGCUGGCAAUUUUCUAACAUGGGAAAGAUGUUCCUUCCUCGUGAGAAUUUUUUGUGCUUCUCUGUGGCACAAAGGUUGGUCGAUGAAUGAAAAUGUCUCAAUAUAAAUUGAAAAAGUGCACAGUAUGAGGGCCAAAAUUCAAAGAACCAGAUACGUGUUUUCACACAUCCAAGAGGGAUUUGGAGUGGUUCAGAUUUGGGGAACCUGUGUCCUUCUGGAUGUUGUUUGACUCCAGUUCCCAUCCUUCCCAGCCACUGUGGACAGGAUGACAGGAACUGGAGUGCAGUACAAUCUAGAGAGAGACAGGAUCUGCAUCCCUGCAGCAGACAAUGAUUAGCAUCUGGUGCCCCAGAUGUUGUGGAAUUCUAACACCCACCCUAUAACCUGCUUGGAAGUUUUGGGUUGUUUUGGUAUAUAAAUGUGAGGUGAUGUGAGUUGUACAACCUCUGGAGGACACUGCGUCAACUACCCUUGCUAGACAAUUCUGAGGUAGGUGGUCCAGUGGUCUGACAAUGGCAUAACGCAGCUUUCUGUGUAACUGAGGAAUACACCCCACUAGGAGUAGUUGCAGUAUAAUGAUUAGAGUGUCUGGCUGUGACCAAGGAGAUUCGGGUUCUAAUCCUCACUUGGUCAUGGAACUCACUGAAUGAUCUUGGACCUGUCACUCUUUCUCAGCCUAAACUUCCUCACAAGGUUGUUGCAAAGAUAACAGGAGAAGGAGAAGAACCCAUAUGUGUCACCUUGAGUUUCCGGGGGGCGGGGCAGGAUAUAAGUGUUAUAAAUAAACAAAAGCAUCUAGUUUUCCAGCUUGCAGGUGGAGGGCAUUAAAUAAUAGUAGAAGUGAUGAAGUAAAUGGGACACGGGUGGUGCUGUGGUCUAAACCACUGAGCUUCUCGGGCUUGCCAAUCAGAAGGUUGGCAGUUUGAAUCCCCGUGAUGGAGUGAGCUCCCGUUGCUCAGUCCCAGCUCCUGCCAACCUAGCAGUUCGAAAGCACGCCAGUGCAAGUAGAUAAAUAGGUACCGCUAUGGUGGGAAGGUAAAUGGUUUUCAUCACAGUGUUCCGUUGUGCCAGAAGCAAUUUAGUCAUGCUGGCCACAUGACCUGGAAAGCUAUCUGUGGACACACGCCAGCUCCCUCAGCCUGAAAGCGAGAUGAGCGCAGCAACCCCAUAGUCGUGUUUGACUGGACUUAACCAUUCAGAGGUCCUUUAUCUUUACCUUUACCCUCAUGAAGUAAGUUCCUACCUUUAAUCUCUAGUGUCUGCAUUUAAAAGGAUCUCAUGGAGAUGUUAUGGGAAAGACCUUGGUGGUCAGUCUCCAUUCGGGGUAUGAAGUGAACCAGAUAGACUCUGCAUAAGGAAGCACUUUCUGUUUCAAAAGUUGCUAGAAACCGCAGGAAGGGAGAGGGCUCUUGCAUUCAGGUCCUCCUCAGGGUCAGCACAGUUGAUUGGACCAGAUGGGCCAUUGGCCUGACCCAGCAAAGCUCUUCUUGUAUUCUCAAAAAGCACCAUGUUUUCUGAAAAAUGAGAUCUCCCCCGCCAUUGGGUUAUUAAACCACUAAUUUACCAGACGACGCCAGAAUGAAACAAGACAUCAGUGAAUAAAUGAAGUCCUACAUCCUACGCAGCUGAAUGCCACAAAUAGCCAAUAUUUCCCCCCUUACAAAAUUACACAACAAAAGAGUAACAAAAGGGUUCAUUUCAAAUGCCCCCUUUGUCCAUUCAGGACGUGUUGCUGUGUUCCUGUUGCAGAGGAACGCCCAGAGUUCUGAAUGCUGCAUUGUACAGUUUAUUAUCAAGACUUCAUUUCAUAUCUGGUAUAUUAAGGCAUAGCUUCUUGGCCAACGAACUGAGCGCUGGCCCUUCAGUAUCUGGGAGGAGAAAGUGUUGCUGCCAGAUCAGUGGAAACACUGAGGAAAUGGAACCAAAGCAUUUCUUAGGUUUUCAUUUGGUUCACUAUCAGAAAACUGGUUUUAAGAAAAAGGUUGUCAAGUAAAGCAGGAAAUGCAACUCGCUUUUAUUCAACCCCACACAAGUUACGGUAAUUUCACACAGACACACACACACACAGAGAGAGAGAGAGAUACAGCCUUCUUUUUUAUCCAGGCGUCCCACUGAAAGAGAUAAUAGCAAGGUUGCACAGAGACCAAAACAAAUUGAUACGCUCUUCCUACUUAGUGACAAACCCAGAUAAGUAAUUAUUGGGCUUUGCAUGCUAUAAAGGCCACUUCUCUCUCUGAAAAGCCUGCUGAGAGAAUGAGAGGGGGGAAGGGGUGAGCACUGAGGAGUAAGGCCAGGACAGCUGCAGCCCAUGACUAAGGGCCACGUCUUGUGUGACGUGGGAGAGACAGGCCACGUCUCAUCCAUACAUUUAAAGCACUGUUAUAUCACUUUGGGCUUCCCCCCAAAGAAUCCCCAGAGCUGUUAUUUCUUAAGGGUGAUGAGAGGCUGCAAAUCCCACAGUAGCUUAACAGUCCUUCUUCCCAGGGAACUUAAAAAAAUAUAUGCAUACGUUUUGGAUUCCCGCCCCCUACCCUUGUUUUGUUUUUAUGCUGGUUUUCAAGUAUGUGAUAUUUAUUUACUGCUGUGAGUAGCUUUGAGUAGCUUUUGUUUCUUUUUUGAAAAAGCAACUAAUAAAUACAGUUGUAACUUGGAAGUCGAACGGAAUCCGUUCCAGAAGUCCAUUCGACUUCCAAAACAUUCGGAAGCCGCGAAAGUUGCGUCGGACGUUUGGGUUCCAAAGAACGUUUGCAAACUGGAACACUCACUUCUGGGUUUGUGGCGUUUAGGAGCCAAAACAUUCGACUCGCAAGGAGUUUGGGAUCCAAGGUACGACUGUCUGAAUAAAAAUAAAUAUUACAUGUUUUUAAGCAGAUGCUGCAUGGUAACUGAUCAGGGUUGGCACAGCAGUGGAUUUCGUCCAGUGGUAGGGAGCUGGUUUGAUUAUAAUUCAAGUCUGGUUCCACUUCUGGGAUUGUUCCCACUUCACUGCACCAGCAAGCAGCAAAUUAGCUAAAGGUCAGCCUUUAAGAAUGGUGGUCAACCAGCUCAUUCUCUAAGCCAGAUUUGUUAAGUAUAAUAGAUUUAAUUGAGAUAUAUAUGUAUUAACGAAAGUUUAAAAGGGAAAAUGGCUAAAUGUGUAUUGCUAACAUUGGGGGUUUUACACAGUAGUUUUUCCAAGGGGCUCUAAGCUCCUAAAUGGGUUAGUGAUUACCUACUGAUUGUUUUCUAGUUACAGGUAGGUAGCUGUGUUGGUCUGCCGUAGUUGAAACAAAAUAAAAAAAUUCCUUCCAGUUGCCCCUUAGAAACAAACUCAGUUAGUUAUUGGUAUGAGCUUUCAUGUGCAUGCACACUUCUUCUGACACUGAAGAAGUGUGCAUGCACAUGAAAGCUCAUACCAAUAACUAACUUAGCUGGUCUCUAAGGUGCUACUGGAAGGAAUUUUUCCCCAAUUGUUUUCUGUUACUCUAAAGUGUUGUCACCUUAGAUCAGGUGACCAAGGUACUGAGCUGCAAAUUCGCCAUCUUGAAAGGGUGGUGGCAGUUAGUUCUUUGUCUGAAUGCCACAAGGAACAGAAGAUGUAAAUGAAGCUCUCAAGGAAAACAGCUCCGGGAAAUGGAUGCUGUUAAAGAGAGGAAACUUUGCUUAUAGGUCUGUUGAACCUGUGCUGCAAAGCACAAGAAAUUGUAAGGAUAUCUUGGUUGUAUCUUUGAUGCUUAUAUUUUGUUUUGAAGAGGUCUGCCAGUAAAAAAAUUGUCCAUGUGGGCAUGGACAAAGAUUUCUUCCAAAAGGAGUCAGUGCUUCCAGUCACUUCAAACAACACAAUAUUGAAAUCUGCAACAAUUUUCUCAUGCCACUAAAUUGCUAUCUUCAUUUUCUUUCUUGGUUGGCCUCUGUGAGAACAGGAUGCUGGUCUAGGUGGGCCACGGGCCUGAUCUAGAAGGCUCUUCUUACUUUCUAAAAGAGUUUUGUCCCUGCCUCUAAUGUUUGAACUCUGUGGCACAGCCAAUGACACUGAUUAGCAGCAGGCAACAGCAGCCAAUUUCAUUUAUAAGCCAGCCUGAGAAAUCCAAACGGUAUAUAUGAUCCAUAUUUUUUUAGGAUGAGCUUCAGUUCAAGGCAUACUAUAGCCAGAGAUCCUGCCGGCAUCAUCAGAACAUUGUUAUACUACUUCACACUCUUGAUGAAGUACCUGUUGAGGACUCAGCUGCUUUUUCACCAUCAAGGGGGAGGAAAUGUCACAAAUGAAUUGUAGGUAAUAGGUAAUCACAGAGACAGGAGAUCCAGCCGUUUUGUGGCUCAGUUAUGAAAUGCUCCUGUCUUUUGCUUCCCUAAAUCCAUUCUUCUGUCUUUCAGAAAUUGCUCUUAAAUGCCUAAUGUUUUCCCGAUUCCUCACUCUGUUCCCCCCCAUGUAGGAAGAGAUGAGUAUGGCAAUCAAAAGCAGUAAAUCUAGCUUCCCACAAGCCAUUAUUCAGAUGCUUCCUUUCAUUGUAGGGUAUAAAUUGGAUUAGUAAUGAUAGUUUUGGGAAACUUUGUACUUAUUCCUCUUGCUUUUAUGCAGCAGGAGACCUGAAGCCAAAAUCUCUCCUUCUCAUACCUACAUUUAUUAUACUUCUCUUUUACACUUACGAUCUCCACCAGAUACUGUACUUCCUGCAAUGCACAGCUGAACAUCUGCUGCCCUUAUGUGACACCCAGAAUCAGCUGCCUGAUGUGGCCUCCUUCCUUUGCCCAACAGUAGGAUCAGCUCCAGCUAGAACCCUGGUCCUGGGAUCCUCUCAUCUCUCUGUCUCUCUUAACAGCAAUGCCAGAAGUGUGAUAAUGUAGGUCAGGACUAGGGCACAGAUGGAGUGUUUAACACUUUGCCUCUGUGUCAUUUCCCUGUUGACUUCCCCCACAAAACUGUUUGUAGGAAAUAGCAGUGUUGGAGGUCAACAGCACAUGGAAGGAAGAAGCUUUCAUUGGGAAAACAGAAAGCAGAAAGGGCCCUACAAUCACAACUGUAUGUUUCAAUCUAGAUCCUGUUCACAGAGCACAACCACAUCAGCUGGGGCUGAUGGGAAUGUAGUCCAAACAGCUAGAGGUCAUUGUUAGUGAAGACCAGGCUAUGGAUUAAUGUCAAACUGUUCAGUGAAGCCAAUGAUUGCUUCUCCAAAGGGCAUUUCUAAGACAAGAAGGUUUUCAGAAAAAUGCAAGCUGCUGUUUUUGUUUUGUUGUUGUUGUUUGUUAAAAUACCCUCCAGAAUAUUGGUGUACAUCUCACCAUCUUGUAGUUUGAAGACUACAGCAAGGUAUUGACUCAGAAUACACAUUCCAUCACUUAAAAAUGGAGAUCUUUGGGAGAGAUCAUUAUUAUUCAGGAAAUAUGCAUAUGCACCAGAGGCAGAAUUGCAACAGCACGAAGAAGCCCAUGUGACAGCUCUUGACCUUUGAGUCCUCUGCUGGAUGCCUUUGUAGUACCUGGGAAAGGGAAAUUCCACUUGGCUGAAACCCAGCAAGCUGACCUGCGCUGAUCCUUUUGCUCGGAAUUGACUGGAAAAGUGAAGGUGCUCAUAUAAGCAAUAAAAGAACUCUGAAGGAAAGAUGGCAGUGAAUAUCUUGCUUGAGAUUGGCAUUCACCUCCCAGAGGGUGGCAGUUUUUGGAGAGUGGGGGAGGACUUGGGCAAGAUUGGUUCUCCUGCUUCAGUGAGCCUAGUCUCCUCACUGAUAGGGGCAGCUGUUGGUAGUUGCUGCUCCUCCAAUGCAUUGUCACGUCCACCUUCUGCUGUGCCCAACAGAGCCAGUGAGUGAACAGGGAGCAGCCGAUAUUACUCCCAGUUUUUACCACUGAAGGUCCCUGCUGUGAUGGUUUGGACUUGGAGCCAGAGGAGUCUCGGUCCGCACCGGAUCCUCUGCCUCAGGUGGCAUCUGAACUGAGUCUGGGGCCUGAUUCUGAAGAGCCCGAGUCUGCACAGGUUCCCCUACAACAAGCACCAGCUGGGCUGAGUCAGGGGCCUGAGCCUGCCCUGGCUCCAGAUGCAGGGAUUACCUCCUUGCCUUCAGCUGGGCCAUCACUUACAGUUGCUCCACUACCAGUUGGGUCAGGAGAGGCUGAGGUGGCCUCUGGGUCUAGUAACCCACCGACAUCUCCCAAGCUGCAGAGACUGAGGUCUGAGAGAAGGAGAGACCUGAGUACUUGCAGGAGGGGUGCUCACCUACGGGUGAGACAGGGAGGUGAGUCCCCAGGGGGUCAGGACCGGCCGUUACCCCAACAGAGAUAAAAGGCUGUCGGACCCCACCCCAGGUUGCGGGAGCAAUGUUGCUGUUUGCCAGAACCUGCCUGUGAGCCUGUGCCUGACCUUGCCUGGUUUCCUGCCUCUUGUCCUGCUAUGGUCCUGUCGGACUCACUCCUCGCGGAACACUUGGAUUCGGGACCGGACCUGGACCACGUUGCUCGGGUUACCCCCGGGCCCAGCACACCUGCCUUCCCACAGCUCCCUAAGUCUCCUCCUCCCCUGGUUCCUUUCCAGGUAAUCUGAAGCCCCAUCCUCUUGCCUGUCAUACCUCUUCAGGUUAUGGGAGACCAGUGGAGGAGAGGAGCUGGUCACAGCAGGAGUGGGAAACACCCAUGUCUCUUCACCAGCCUGACUCAUCUCUGCCUCUUGCCACCUCCUCCCCACACUCUACUCUCCUGCUGCAGAUUCUGAUUCUGAUUCCAGGCGUCUCUUUGCCACAGACUCUCCCUGAUCUCUAAGCCCUGUUAUCUCUUCAGCUUCUGACACCUUCUCCCAGUCUUCUCUCUCUGACCACUCAGUGUUGUCCUACCAAUCCCAGGCUCUGAGCCUUCUUCCCUUGGGGUUCCCCAGCUGGUUCCUCCUACCAUUCCUCUGCGUCCAACCGGUCCGUAACAAAUAGUAGAGAGAAAAGGAAGCCUGUUUCUGUAUGUUGUGUUCCAAGCACAAUCAGUCACUGGCAUUGCUUCGGAAUUAUGUGUAAAGCCACCCGUUCCUUCAGUUAUAUCUCUCUUUCCUCUAUGCAAAUGUGAGAGAACGCACACAAGUGGAGUCCUGUAUCAGCGCCAGCAUGCUCUUAAAAGCUGGUAUUGCUACAUAAUUCUAGACAGCUUGUCAGUAUUCAUUAGCUCAACCGCAAAUGUUACUUGUGGGAGGGAGAGUUGUGAUUAUUAUCCUCAGGCUGCUCCUACUGUACUUGUGGUCUGCGUAGCCUAACUUCCUAUUUGGUUUUCAGUCAUAUACCCUCAGCUGAUGGAACCCAGUGAUCAUCUUUCAGAUUAUGUAAUGCCAUCAAAUAAUUAUGGUGAACCCAGGAAAAUGCCUUCUUGGUCUUGCUGCUGCCCACAGCAUGUGUUUUAAAAAAAAUCAUGGUUGGGUGUGAAGAGCAAUAAUGUGUGAUGGACAGUAGUGUGUAGUGGCUGUGGAAAAGGCAAAUUCCUUUGAAUUGAAAAUAAAAACUUCCAAGAUCAUAAUGCAGCUAUACAAACUGUGCAACCACAGUUGGAGUACUGUGUAUAGCCCUGGUCACCUCACCUCACAAAAUAUAUUGUAAUAAUAAUAAUAAUAAUAAUAAUAAUAAUAAUAAUAAUAAUUUAUUAUUUGUACCCCACCCAUCUGGCUGGGUUUCCCCAGCCACUCUUGGCAGCUUCCAACAAAGAUUAAAAAUACAUUAAAAUGUCACACAUUGAAAGGGCUGCCUUCAGAUGUCUUCUAAAUGUCAGGUAGUUGUUUAUCUCUUUGACAUCUGAUGGGAGGUCAUUCCAAAGGGCGGGUGCCAGUACCGAGAAGGCCCUCUGCCUGGUUCCCUCUAGCUUUGCUUCUCACAGUGAGGGAACCACCAGAAGGCCCUUGGCGCUGGACCUUAGCGUCCAGGCAGAACAAUGGGGGUGGAGACGCUCCUUCAGGUAUACUAGGUAGAGUUGGGAAGGGUUCUAUGAUUCUAUGAAUUGUCUUAUUUCCUUUUAAAGCUAUCUUAAGUUUAUGGUUGUCUCACCACACCUAUAAUUUAACUAUGUGCGGUAUGUGCGGAAGUAUAUUAUAUUACUUUACUCCAAGAAGCUUAAGGUGAUGCACAUGGCUCUCUAUCUCUCCAUAUGCGGUAGGCUGGGUUGAGCGGCAGUGACUAGCCCAGAGUAACCCAAUGAGCCCCAUGGCCAAGUGGGGAUUUGAACCCUGGUCCCCCAGGUCCUAUUUCAACACUCAAAUAGCCAGUGGCUAUUUUAUGAUGAAUGAUUUUAGAGUGUUGUUUGUGCUGUACUUUUGUACUGUUUUGUUGUUGUUGGCCGCCCUGAGCCCGGCUUCGGCUGGGGAGGGCGGGAUAUAAAUAAAAUUUAUUAUUAUUAUUAUUAUUAUGUAUUAUUAUUAUUAUUAUUAAACCAGUACACCCCACUGUCUCUCUAUGCCAAGAAGAGGAAUGGAAUGGUUUUAUGAUAACAUAAAAAAAGCCCAGUGGCUCUGGAGCAAGAAGACUGGCGAAGCCAAUCAUGCGAAUCCUUCAAGUUAGUAGCAGAUGUAACCUGCACUCUUAAAGCCAAUAAUAAGGUUUUGCCUGCUUCCGGAGGGUAAUCAGCUAAGCGAAAUGCUUGUUAGCCUGCAUGCUCAUCUUCUUGAAUACAGUGGUACCUUGGAUUAAGAACUUAAUUCGUUCUGGAGGUUUGUUCUUAACCUGAGGUACCACUUUAGCUAAUGGGGCCUCCCGCUGCCACUGCGCUGCCGGAGCACGAUUUCUGUUCUCAUCCUGAAGCAAAGUUCUUAACCCAAGGUACUAUUUCUGGGUUAGCAGAGUCUGUAACCUGAAGCAUCUGUAACCUGAAGCAUCUGUAACCCGAGGUUACCACUGUAUUCAUACUUUACCCUAGUAGUUUACCAAUGCUGGGGAGAAUCCAAAAAGCUUUCAUGUUCUAAUCAUCACUGCAGGUACUUUCUCCAACCGAGUGAUGCCUUUUCUUUCAACUGGAAGAAAUGUUAAACACCAUCCUGGUAGACGGACGUUAGUGUAUGCAUUGUACCUAAGGGAGCUCUUGAGAGAGAAACGCACAAUGUCAAUAACUGCAGAGCAACCACUUCAACAACAGCAAGAGUCUUUUCUUAGGUGUACUGCAGAUUUUCAAACACAGUUUGUGGCUGUUACUCUCUCCUUAUACAGCAUAAUGUUACAGUUCAGCAGGGAAUAACGCUCAAAGUGCUUGUUGGCUCCCAUACCUCAUGUAUAUUUGGCCAUAAUGGCCUUGCUCAGCCUCCGUGGUCAGAGGUAGCAAUGUUUCUGAAUGCCAGUUGUUAGAAACUGCAGGAUGGGAGAGGGCUCUUGUGCGCUUCCCACAGGCAUCUGGUUGGCCAUUGGGGGCCCAGGAUGCAGGAUAGAUGGGCCACUGGCAUUAUCCGGCAGGGCUAUUCUUAUGCGCUUAUCACUGCCCUUCUCUCUGUAAUGAGUCAUGCUAGGUGAAAUGGCGAUCACUGCAGAUGGUGACAGCAGUUACGGAAUUAAAAGACGCCUGCUUCUUGGGAGGAAAGCAAUGACAAACCUAGACAGCAUCUUAAAAAGGAGACAUCACCUUGCCAAUAAGGGUCCCUAUAGUUAAAGCUAUGGUUUUCCCAGUAGUGAUGUAUGGAAGUGAGAGCUGGACCAUAAAGAAGGCUGAUCGCCAAAGAAUUGGUGCUUUGUGGUGCUGGAGGAGACUCUUGAGAGUCCCAUGGACUGCAAGAAGAUCAAACCUAUCCAUUCUUAAGGAAAUCAGCCCUGAGUGCUCACUGGAAGGACAGAUCCUGAAGCUGAGGCUCCAAUACUUUGGCCACCUCAUGAGAAAGAAGACUCCCUGGAAAAGACCCUGAUGUUGGGAAAGAUGGAGGGCACAAGGAGAAGGGGACGACAGAGGACGAGAUGGCUGGACAGUGUUCUCGAAGCUACCAGCAUGAGUUUAACCAAAUUGCGGGAGGGAGUGGAAGACAGGAGUGCCUGGCGUGCUCUGGUCCAUGGGGUCAUGAAGAGUCGGACACGACUAAACGACUAAACAACAACAACAACAGGUGAAAUGGCAUGGGUGGUGGUCAGGAGCCUGACAUUUCACACAGAUGAAAUGCCCAAGAAUUACUGCGCUAAGUUUCCCGUCGUCAUCACUGCUCAUUUUUUAAGGCUCCCCUCCGUUUAUUAUACACUGUCCUUGUUCACACAACACAGCAAGCCAAACUAUGGCUUACUAUGUGGUGUCCCAGAUUGAAGCCACUUUGCUGUUGUGCUAAGUCAAGGUUUGGCACAGUGAACCAGGACUUGUGGUUAAGCUCUCUUCUCAUUAACCAUGCCAAAACCAAGAUUAAAAUCAUAGAGUUGGAAGGGAUCCCAAGGGUCAUCUAAUCCAAACCCCUGCAGUGCAGGAAUCUCAACUAAAGCAUCCAAGACAGAUAGCCACCCAACCUCUGCUUAAAAACCUCCAAGGAAGGAGAGUCCACCACCUCCCGAGGGAGUCCAUUCCAUCGUUGAACAGCUAUUACUGUCUGAAAGUUCUUCCUGAUGUUUAGUCGGAAUCUCCUUUCUUGUAGCUUGAAGCCAUUGGUUUGGGUCCUACCCUUUGGAGCAGGAGAAAACAAGCUUGCUCCAUCCUCCAUGUGACAGCCCUUCAGAUAUCUGAAGUUGGCUAUCAUAUCCUCUUUUCCAGGCCAAACAUAUCCAGCUUCUUCAACCGUUCCUCAUAAGGCUUGGUUUCCAGACCCCUGAUGAUCUUUGUUGCCCUCCUCAGCACACUUUCCAGCUUGUCAAUAUCCUUCUUAAAUUGUGGCACCCAGAUUGUCCCAGAACCGCCAUGCCACCAUCCAAAGGCACCCUGAGAGGGACCUGACCUGGAAGGAAGACUGAGAAAUUAAUAGCUCCUUUUUGCACCAGGUCUACUUGGGGCUUCCAAUUUCCUCCCACCUCUCCUUCCCCUCACCAGCCUGUCUUCAACUGCGUAUGGUUGAAAUUGCCUGUGUUAAAUGCAUGCAAGAUUGGGGGGGGGGGGUUGCUGUGCUCAAUCUCCUCUGGUCCUAGAAUAGAAUGUUGUAUGUAUGGAGCCCCAUAGCGCCAGCCUUAUUCACAGCAGUCUGGUAGCAAACCCAUCUAGAUCCUAGAGGACAGGACUGAUCCCUGAAGAAAUAUAACCUUAGGCUAGCAACUCAGAUAACAUUUAAAGACAGCAUCUGCAAAGGCAAAGAUGGGGAUAAAAUUGGAACACUGAUUUUAUCCCUAGAGGUACCAGAAAACAGAGACUGUGAACGGUUCGAGAAGGUGUAAAUAGUAUUUAAAUACUACUACAUUUUUUUAAAAAAAAUCAAUUUCUGUGCAAUACACAUCUCAUGUUCUGAAUAGCUAAUCAUGCCAGGCAGCAUAAAAUGUGGGUGUUUCUAGUGACAUUAAUAAGCACGUAAUCAAGAAUACAAUCCUCCCUGCCGUAGCCUAAUUUAGCUGAGGUUACAGCAUUUUCUGUACUGCCCUCCAUUAAUCAUAGGUAAGCACAAUUACAGUUCUCUUACCUCAUUUUGAGAAGACAAAUAAUGCACCCAGAGAGCAUGAGUGUUUGUCAGUCCUAGCCACCCCUUAGUACAUAUUUAUUAAUGUUUCAUCUGGAAAUUGCAUUUGUCUGAGAUUAUACAUGGAGUAAGUCUUGCAUGUUAGAAAAUACCACUCACUUGCUUAUUUGUAAACACUGAAGUCAUUACUGUGCCUGCAUAUAUACGUAAACAAUGAUCUAGUUAGCAUAAUAUGCAUAAGCCUCAGAACUCAUGUUCCCUCCACCUCCUUCAGCAUGGCCACGAUGAGGAAACUGGAAGCUUUCGCUUCCAUCUUCAACUAACCGCAAUCACUUGUUACGCCCAAACAAACUGUGGUUAGUCUUAACUGGCUUAGAAAAUAACUCAGCAUUUUUAAAUGACCCUGGGUACCAGUUAAGACUAACAUAGAUCGCACAUUUGGACAAAAUGAGGAACUGCAGUUAGUCAAAAAUGAAAGUGAAAGCUUCUGGUCUCUUUGUGGCUCACUCAGGCUCAUCCCUAUAACACUAAACCAUGGUCUGAUGUUAACAUCCAAAUGCCGGUUGCGGUAAACCACUGGAGGGCUGUUGUGCUCGGUUCUGUCUUGAGGGUUUUCUGCAGGCAUCUGGGUGGCCACCAUGAGAACAGGAUUCUGACCAGGAAGUGACCUCUCCAGAAAGCAGAACAACUCUUCUUUUAUUAUCUCUGUGGCUGCAAUCUCCUGGGUGACACAGACACUGUUAGGCAGUUGAAUGCACAUGCAUAUUCCAUCCAUUUUCCUCCCUCCCACCCACGCUUUUUCACGGCCCUGGGCACGGGCAACCCAUGCUACACCACUGCUACCAACUCUACAAUUUUCUAGUUUCCUCCCUUCCCCUUCUCCCCCAUUCUCUCUCUCUCCCUCCCUCUCUCUCCAGCUGGUUCACUUUCAUAAAGGUGUCCUCUGCAUCAGGGUCCCUGUCCCAGGUAUCUGAACGUAAGAAAGAGAAACACAACUGAAAAUAUUAUGUGUCCAUAUUCAAAAAUUCUGUUGGUCUUGUUUAACAAGAUGGUCUCAUUAAGAAAAUGCUGAACUUGUAACCGAAUAAAGCUGCUAAAUAUUUCAUUGCAUACCAGACAGUAGUAACCGGAGACAGGAAAUUAUUAUAAACUCUGCUGAUUAAAAGAGGUAGAUUUCUGUAAGCUUAACAGGAAUAAUUAUGCUAAUUCUGGGGUCUUAACUGAAGAGAGAACAGGCAUCUAUCUGCCUGCUCAGCACAGCUUCUUAGUGGAAAUAAUCAUCCCAAUUCACUAUGAUCUUUUGUUGAGGAUACUUUAAGAAACAUAGCACUGCUCAAAUGAUACAAUAUAAAAAAUAUAAUCUAAAAUAUAAUACUCUAAAAUGAUUGUUUGCUAGAUAAACAUGUUCAACAACAGUUGUACUGUAUUUGCUUGCGUUGAUGGUCAGAAAAACACCCAGCUUUUCUCAUUAAAGUUAAUUGGCAGCAGAUAAAUAAUUGCAGAAGAAUAAAGGAUGAUGCAGCUAUUGGGUUUCAUUCUUUAAACAGUGUCAGGAGCUUAGCUAACAGGUUGGAGAGUGCACUUAGGCAUGGAUCCAAAAAGUCAAGAUCUGGGUUAAUUCGGUAAUUGCUAGUUUAAGGAGCAAGCAAUCAAUGAAGGUCAGUAUUGCUAGACAGGAACACAACAAAAGAUCAAACUGUGUGCAAGUACGAUUGGGAAGACCUGUCCAUUUCAAUUAUCUCAGUUCCUCAAUAUUUCAAGCCUAAAAUUCAGUUCUCCACAUUUCAGCACAAUUUGCGGGGUUGUUGUUGCUGCUGCUGCUGUUGUUUUUUAAAAAAACUCAUGAAAAUUCUUCAGCAUUUCAAUAUUACUUUCUCCUGAUAAACACAUUUUAGUUUGCAGUUUUGCCUAAUGUACACACUUUUGCAAGCAAUUUCUCCUAAUAUGAAUUUUGCAAGUUACCGUAUUUUUUGCUCUAUAAGACGCACCAGACCAUAAGACGCGCCUAGUUUUUGGACGAGGAAAACAAGAAAAACACUACUCUGACUCCCAGAAGCCAAAACAGCAAGAGGGAUUGCCACUUUCACUGCACAGCAAUACCUCUUGCUGUUCUGGCUUCUGGGAUAGCUGCACAAAGCCUCUUCAGGGCAGGGGAGCGUUCCUCCCCCUGCCCUGAGGAGGCUUCGCAUGGCUAUCCUAGAAGCCAGAACAGCAAGAGGGAUCUCCCAGAAGCCAGAACAGCAAGAGGGAUCACUGUGCAGUGAAAGCAACAAUCCCUCUUGCUGUUCUAGCUUCUGGGAUAGCUGUGCAGCCUCCAUAUUCGCUCCAUAAGAUGCACACACAUUUCCCCUUACUUUUUAGGAGGCAAAAAGUGCGUCUUAUAGAGCGAAAAAUACGGUAUUUUCAUGAAUAUAUUCAUUUUUUAUGCACAUGUUUCUACCUAAUUUAAGACAUAUAUCUUUAUUUUCUUAAGUCUGGUCUACAAGGUGCAUCAGAAUCUGGUCUGGUCUACAGGUACUGUAAUCCAGAGCUGGUAGCAUGGAGUGUACCACUUCAGGCUGCAUGUGGGGGAUUCCAUUUUUGAAUGUUCCCCCAUGUGCAACAAACUGCCUGUUACAAGAUUAUUUUUUUUAAAAAAAAAUCAGCCAAACAGACAGAGGUUCAAUUCCAGCCUAUUCACAUCUCUGAUAGUUUUAUAAUUGCAGGGAGCUUUUUCUGUAAGGGAGCAUUCAGUAAUGUGACUAUCUCUUCUCUUAAGUGACACAUUUUACUGCCUCAGAAUGUACUACCCUGGUCAUUUUGCUUUGCUCAGUACAGACCAGUCCAGAAUAACCUGUCAGGUAGCUGAGGCGUAUGUUUAGAAAAUCUAGUGGGUCCCAGUAGUUUAUGAUUUUCUGCCUGCAACUCAGCCAGCAAAAAAUGGUUCUCUCCAUUUUUAUUAAAGUCAGAUGCCUUCUGCUUUCCUGCUACAGACGGCAUUAGAAGGCAGACAUGUUCUUUCUUGUGGAACCUCAAGAGCCAUUUAUAAGUGUGUUUUGCUUGACACGCAUUACAUUCCCAGCAAGCCAAAAGGAAAGUCUGCUUUUUAAAAGAAAUGUGAAGGCAAACACAAAACGUUAAGCUCGUGAUCAGCACAAACCUCAAAAUCAAUAAGCAUUCUGAUGGGGAGUAAAAUUACUGAAUACUCCCAAAUCUUAAAAGGGGGGCUGUUUUGUGUCUUAUUUUAAGUUAUUGGUAUCUGUAACCUUGGAGACCAAAUUCUUCAAAUUUACCCACCUUUGGGAUAAUUUUUGCCAGGGGUUUCGAAUGGAUGCAACAUGACUAGUGCAAAAAUAGCUUGUCACCACAACCCUUUGUCUACUUCCCCAGGAACCUCUGUAAGACUUGCCUCUGAAUAAACGGCCAUAGGAUUGUGCAGUUUGUGGGGAAAACAUCAGGAAUUCACAAAUGUUUAAUUAUUAUGGGUUCAAUACAGACUAAAUUAGUAGCACUUAGUUGCCUUUGAAAUCAGUGAGACUUAAAGUGCAAUUAACUUACUUUACAUCCAACCCAACAUAUAUUUUUUAAGGAAAACUAAAAAAUAAUAAUCAAUAAAGCAGAUGUUAAAGUGGAUAGUGUGUGGAAAUGAAAGUUAAUUCAUCUGGUGUUAUUUUUUAAGGAACAGGGUAUGCAGUGGUCAUAAUACAGUGGUACCUCAGGUUACAUACGCUUCAGGUUACAUAUGCUUCAGGUUACAGACUCCGCUAACCCAGAAAUAGUGCUUCAAGUUAAGAACUUUGCUUCAGUAUGAGAACAGAAAUCGGGCUCCGGAGGCGCGGCAGCAGCAGGAGGCCCCAUUAGCUAAAGUGGUGCUUCAGGUUAAGAACAGUUUCAGGUUAAGUACGGACCUCCGGAACGAAUUAAGUACUUAACCUGAGGUACCACUGUAAAGUCAAAAGAUGAACACUUUCAAUGAGUAGUCAUGUCUUAUACACACAGCUUUGCCACAGUCACCUCCAAUAAACAGGUUUGGUAGAAUUUGUAUUGCUUUUGAAGCAUUUCAAAUCUAUUUAACCAGGGACAACAGCAGAUGGAAGGAAGGAAGGAAGGAAGGAAGGAAGGUUCUGUCAAAUCUUAACUUUCAACUCGCUUGUCACAGAAAAUGUGCUAUGGACUGUGCUAUAUAUAGACGUAACAUGAUUAUAAUUCCAAAACUUUCUAGUGCAGCGGUUUGACUGAAUUCUCCAUAGGUGAAGUAGUGAUGCAUUCCUUUGGUUCAUGUCCUUAAUUAUAUAAGAAAAGAAAGUGAAUUAUAACAUGCAUGAUCUUUUAUUUACAGCUAUUGCUUUGCCCACCUACAUGAACACGUGAUUGCAUUUUUUAUGCUUUACUUUCAAAAGUACUCAAAGGAUGUUUGUUUGCCUCUCCUCUGCCCAUCUCUGGGGUACUUGGAAAUGUUUGGGUUGCAGUGCCCCUUGUAGGACCUUUGCUGGUGAUAGUUUAAAGAAGUGCUUUUUUCCUUUUUUUAAAAAAAAGUUUAGGGGUACUCUCAUUUUCCUACUCAUAUUGAAAUGCUGCCCCUCAAUGAGGCCAAACUUAGAUUCACAAAAUGUUUAGGGAUAAGCGUGCCCCUGCGUCCCCCCCAGAAAAAAGCACGGGUUUAAAAUCAUCUCAUCUCAUUUCAGCUGGCUUAAGGCAACAGUUUUAAGAGCAGCAGCUUCAGAUACUUGUAGGAGAAACCAAGCCAGCCAAUUGGCAGAAUUUAGAAUAUAAAACUAAAACAGAUGUUGCUGCUGAAGUUCUUGAUCUAAAUUUGAAUUAAGGUCCCCAUCAGAAGACAUUGUGAGACAGGUCAAUCAACCAAGUAUGACUGAGGACUUGCUUGCAUGCUGCCUGUUUUAUAUGUCAGUGACGGAUGUUGCAUCUAGUAGCUCAUUAGGUAUCUCAGCCCAGGACGAAGGGGCCACUUUCCCAUGAUUUCCCUGUUAGCUCCGUUUACUCCAUCUUGACUGUCAAAUAUGUCUUAGCCUACCAGUAAUUGCUGCUUUCGAAUGAUCUAUGGCUUCCUGCAUCUCGCAAGCCUGGAGCUUGUUAAAGCUGUUAAGCAGGGAAUCAUAGGGUUGCAACGUACAGAAAAGGUGAUCUAGUCCAUGGUUAAGAACAUCUGCACGCUACACAGGCACACCAAUAUCAAUCCAUCUAUGCCAAGGUAAACAACAAUGUACCACCAACAGACUACGUUUGCAGUAGAAGAGCUGUUUAUGAAGCACAUACAUGUUCAUGGGGUACACGCACUAAGUGUGCAUGCUGGGGCAGGGAGAGCCAUUAGAUCUGUUAGGAAGCUGUCUUAUACUGAGUCAUAGAAUCAUAGAAUUGUAGAGUUGGAAGGGACUAUGGGGAUCAGUCCAACCCUCUGCAAUGCAGAAUUAUGGGUCUUCCUAGCUCAGUGGCACCAGACAAGGAAUCUUUUCCCUGGAGAUGCUGUAGUGAAUCUGGGACCUUCUGCAUGCAAAGCUCUACUACCAAGAUGAGGGCCUUCCGGCUGUUGGGAAGGGGAGGACAGAAUUACUUCUGCUGGCACAAAUAUACCUUUACAAGCAUUGUGAGUAAGAAGGACUGUGUUAAUUUUCAUGAUGGAUUUAUAAUUUAUAUGGAAGCCUGUGAGAAACAACAGCUGCACCCACAUUGCCACUAGCCUUCCGGGUUUCAUUAAAUAUUUUUGAAACGUUUACCAAAAUUUAAAAUGGAAAAAAUGAGGAGCAGUUCUCCUUUUAAGGGAAAUUUCUGUCUUCCACUUUCUCUGUGGCACCGAUGGAACAUUUUAUGUUCAGUACUCCAUUAACCAAACCGAGCAACAAAUAGCUUUAUUGGAAGUGGGAAGUGACGGGUUGCAUUUCAAAUUAAACUAAGAAGAAAUCUGCCAUGCUAUUGUUUCCUCCUCUUGUCUACAAUUGCAGAAUGAAGAAGGCCUCCCGCAGGAAGGAAUGCCAGACAUGCCAGCAGACCCAGAAAACGAGGCCUAUGAAAUGCCUCCUGAGGUAAAAACUUUCUUUGAUGGGUUCUCACAGAGUAUACUAUUAAUGGGCACCUUGAAGUGUUGGAAAUUUAGAAAUUUAGAAACUAGUUUGUCAAUAAACAUGUACUGCACUCACAGAAGAAACCUGUGGCCACCCCACAUGCUGCCACCCAUGGAGAAGCAGUGCCGGCAGUGGCGCCAGUUUCUGGCAACAUCUUGCCAGAUCUCACUGAAAUCUCUCACAAUCUCAUGAAUUUUUUGUGAGAUCUCGCUGGAAACUGGUGUGGCUUCUCCAUCAAUGGUGGAGUAGAUGGGUGUUAGGAUGCUGUCAGCAGCUCCCAUCUGGUUGCCCAGGAAAGUAUGAAGACAAGGAAAAGUUUACUAAAGUUCUUUUUUAUUUCAGUCUUUUCAGAGAGAGGCUAUAGAACCCAGUCUCUUAGAUAAUGGCGUUGUCCCAAGUGAAUCUCCACACACCCGUCUCUCCCACUUCCUCAUUAGUCAUUCUCAUCACCUCCUCUAUGGGUGCCGUUAAGUGCCCUCUGUCUCUGAGCUCUUUGCUCUCCUACUUUUAAGGCUCGCCAGGUUCUGGGAGAUGGAGGGUCUAGAAUGCUUUCUAAUGACAACAUGUCAGCCGGGUGUUGCUUUGCCUCUCCCAUGAUUUCCUGACUUUUCCCCUCAUCUGCCGCUGAGCUGUGACCUCCCUCAAACCCCUGUUGUAAAUCUAUACUGUCUUCCUCUUCCUCCUCCCUAGAAGGGUCAGGAUGGGGAGGCGGUCUACACCUCCUCUGCCCAGUCCCUGACAGUGGGGUGACCACAGGCAUGCUCCUUCUUCAGUUUCCACCACCUGAGGCAGUGGAUUCAUUGCACCUCAUGGGUGGGCAGGCCCUGCCCCCACUGCCCUGCACCAUUCCACAAGACCACACUACUUACUGCUCCAGCAUGGAAUAAAAACAAACAUACAUACAUGCAUACAUGCAUACAUAAUCCCAUGCACAUUUAUCUAGGUGUAAACCCCACUAAACAAAGAGAUACUUAGUUCAGAGUAACCUAAGGUUACGCUAUUGAACUGCAAACCCCCACGAUAGAAGGAAAAUAACAUGUAUUAAUGAUGAAAACUUUUAAAAGAAAACAAUGCCCCCUCAGUACUCCUGGGUGGUGUGAAAACACUUACUUAGAAUGAAAACCAUUUUUGUGCUCCUCAUACCGACAGAACCCAAAAGCAAUACCAGAACAAUAAUGGAAAGAGAGGGGGGAAGCCUGCCAAAGCUAAAUUAUUCACUCAAAAGCACAUUUUUUUAAUUUGCAUUCACAUUAAAGAAAAGGGGGGGAGCCACCUUCUUUGUGAUUUAUCUUAUAAUACCAGUAAAUUCAGUGUAAGGACUUUAAUUUCAGAUCCUAAACCAGUAUCAAAGAAAACACAAACAUGAUUCAUAUUAUUAUUCAGUGUGAAAAGACACACACAGGCUGCUUCCUCGGGCACAUCAUUUCUCAAAAGCCGUUUUAGAAUUGUAGAUUUUUGUUCUCCCUGCAAAACACUUUCCCCUCUAAUAGCUUGUGUUCUUCAGUCAAGUUCCUACGGAUGUAUACCUACUUAAAUUUAAAUACAAAAUUCUAGCCUUUAAUGGACUGUGAAUGGCACUGCGUUACAGAAUUUUCUAAAGAACUGUCUCCAUUAAGAUGGUGUAUUUGCCAUCAUGCAAAGUAGUUCCCAUAAGAUUUUCCCACUCUGUGCAUUAAAGUGAUGCAGAAGAACAUGACAUGAUGCUUCUCCUUUCAAAGGGAAGAGGCUGCUAUUGCAUACGCUCCAACAUUCUGCCCAUAAUGGGACAGGGGCUUCUGCCUCUUUCCUAAAGCCCAGGAAGCUUCUGCCCAGCUUAGGGAAGGAGAAGUGAUGCUUAGGGAAACACGUGAAAACAUUCUAACCCAUACAUCCCUAGUGAGCAACAAGCUGAAACUAAGUACCACCUUAGUGUGAACUAGCAUAUCAUAUUGGGGCGCGGGUGGCACUGUGGGUUAAACCACAGAGUCUAGGACUUGCUGAUCAGAAGGUCAGCAGUUCAAAUCCCCGGGAUGGGGUGAGCUCCGUUGCUUGGUCUCAGCUCCUGCCAACCUAGCAGUUUGGAAGCACGUCAAAGUGCAAGUAGAUAAAUAGGUACUGCUCCGUCGGGAAGGUAAACGGCGUUUCCGUGCGCUGCUCUGGUUCACCAGAAGCGGCUUAGUCAUGCUGGCCACAUGACCCAGAAGCUGUAUGCCGGCUCCCUCGGCCAAUAAAGCGAGAUGAGCGCCGCAACCCCAGAGUCGGCCACGACAGGACCCUAAUGUUCAGGGGUCCCUUUACCUUUACCUUUAGCACAUCAUAUAUUAAGAUGUUUUCUCUCUCUUCUUCUUCCUCCUCUUCCUUCUUCAAUGUUGAUGUUGCUGUUUCCAACAGGAAGAAUACCAGGAUUAUGAACCCGAGGCUUGAAUUCAACUCUCUUCUUUCUGUUAGCUGCUGGCAAAGACAUCCUGUCCUGUACAAGUGCUGAGUUCCAAUGUGCCCAGUCGUGAACUACUUUUUAUAGUUUGUACAGUGUCUUUUGAAGUCUUCCAUCAGCAAUGAUCGGAGCAUCUGUAACUGCGUCCAGUUUUCGUUUCAGCGACCGACCUCCCUCUGGAACGAAGGUCUGGGUCUCAGAGCCAUUGUUGUUGUCUGGAUAUUGUGGCUUCAAGUUCUAAAAAGUCCGAAGCAGUUUUUAAAAUAAAAUAAAAAACACCUAAGUGUCUACUCCUUAUUUCUAAUGCUGUACAUGUUUCGUUGACGGGUUGUCGGUAAUUUGGUAUUGUUUCUGACACAAGGUUUUUUAACUGUUACCUAUGAUCUUUCUUUUUCUGUCAAAGGAUAACAUUAUUGUGAAAGUUGUUAAUAUAUUUCUAUACAUAUAUACAUAUAUAUAAAGUAAUUGAGCAUGAACUAUGCACCUAUAAAUAUUUACUGUGGGAUCUUACUCGUUUUGUGAAACGUUUUACUAACUUGUAUUUGUAAAUAACGGUGUCCGACUGGAAUAAAUAAAAUGUUAUCUGUUC